ACUUCUGAGCAGUCGUGCAUUCCCCGCCUCGCCUCGGGUGUAGGGAUUGCAAAAAACAAAACUACACUGUCAAGACUGUGUAGUUUUGUUUUUAUGGUUAGAGGCUCAUCAAUUCUCAUGCUGGGAUUGUCUAAAAAAAUCUUACUCUGGAUAAGGACGUCGUUCAAGAAGAUUUCGUUGGGCUUAGCCCACUCCUACAGGCACUUUGAGAUCUCAGAGUGCCUGUAAAGAUGACAACGAAAGCACCAACAUUUACGCAGCCGUUACAAAGUGUUGUGGCACUGGAGGGUAGUGCCGCAACCUUUGAGGCUCAUAUUAGUGGUUUCCCAGUUCCUGAGGUGAGCUGGUAUCGGGAUGGCCAGGUUCUCUCUGCUGCAACUCUGCCCGGAGUGCAGAUCUCGUUUAGUGAUGGCCGCGCUAAACUAGUGAUCCCCUCCGUGACAGAAGCAAACAGUGGAAGAUAUACCAUACAAGCCACCAAUGGAUCUGGGCAAGCAACUAGUACUGCUGAGCUACUUGUUACAGCUGGAACUGCACCGCCAAACUUUUCACAACGACUACAGAGCAUGACUGCAAGGCAGGGAAGUCAAGUUCGACUUGAUGUGAGAGUGACUGGAAUCCCUACACCUGUGGUGAAGUUUUAUCGGGAUGGAGUAGAAAUCCAAAGCUCCCCCGAUUUUCAAAUUUUACAAGAAGGAGACCUUUACAGCCUAAUAAUUGCAGAAGCAUAUCCUGAAGACUCCGGCACUUAUUCAGUAAAUGCCACAAAUAACGUGGGACGUGCUACUUCAACAGCUGAACUGCUGAUUCAAGGUGAAGAAGAAGCCGUUCCUGCUAAAAAGACAAAAACAAUUGUUUCGACUGCUCAGAUUUCACAAACAAGACAAGCCAGAAUUGAAAAGAAGAUUGAAGCCCACUUUGAUGCCAGAUCACUUACAAGUGUUGAAAUGGUCAUAGAAGGUGCAACAGCCCAACAGCUCCCACACAAAGCACCUCCACGAAUGCCUCCUCGACCUACAUCAAAAUCACCAACUCCACCAGUAAUUACUGCAAAAGCUCAAAUGGCACGACAGCAGUCGCCAUCACCUGUAAGACAAUCACCAUCACCUGUAAGACAUGUCAGAGCACCAACACCCUCACCAGUAAGGUCUGUUUCUCCUGCUGGAAGAAUCUCUACUUCUCCUAUUCGACCAGUGAAAUCUCCAUCACCAAUCCGUAAAGCACAGGUAGUGACACCUGGGGCUGAAGUCCUUCCUCCUUGGAGGCAGGAAGGAUAUUCUGCAACCGCUGAAGCCCAGAUGAAGGAAACCAGAUUAUCCACAAGUGCUACUGAAAUAACAACUGAAGAAAGAUGGGAAGGGAGAUACGGGCUGCAAGAACAAGUUACUAUUAGUGGUGCCGCUGCUGGUGAGGUUGCAGCUGCUGCUAAAGAGGUGAGAAGGGACAGUGAAAAAACAGCAGCUGUUGCUACGGUUGUUGCUGCUGUGGAUCAAGCCAUGGUGAGAGAACCAGCUCCAAGUGUUGUAGAGCAAGCUGCUAAAAGGACAGCAAUGACUGCAGUCCAUGUUCAGCCUGUUCAGGAGCAGAUGAGAAAGGAGGCAACGGUACUAGUUACCAGUGAUAAAGCUACAAAACAAACAGUAAUAUCAAGAACUAGAGAAGGAAUUGUUACUUCACAAGAACAAAGGCACAUCUCUCGUGAAAAGGUAAGAAAAGAACCAGAGAAAACUCCAGUACCCACAGUAAUAAUUGCCACAGACAAAGCCAAAGAACAAGAGAUAAUAUCAGCAGCUAGAGAAGAAAUAUCAGCCCGACAUGAGCAAGUACAUGUUUCUCAUGAACAAAUAAGAAGGGAAGAUGUGAAACCCUCUGUACCAAAGGUGGUGAUUACCACUGAUAAACCUAAAGCUCCAGUCUUAUUAUCAAAAAGUAAAGAAGGAAUUGCAACCAAACAAGAACGUGUGAGCAUAAGCCAUGAAAAGAUUAAAAAGGAAGCUAAGAAAACUACUGUAAUUCCGAAAAUAAUUGCACCAGUCACAGUGUCCAGAACUAGAGAAGAAAUUACAGCCAAGCAAGAAAAAAUGCAUCUAGCUUAUGAUCAGAUUGAAGCUGGAAAAAGGGCUGAAGCUGUAGCUACAGUUGUUGCAGCCGUUGAUCAGGCGCGUGUUAGAUCUCCUUGGGAGACAGAGCAAGUAGAUGAAACUCAUGUCAAGCACAAAACUUUGGAAUAUGGCUAUAAAGAGCAUGCUGUAAAAGACCAUGAGGCACAAGCAGAACACCAUGUUGCUACUAAAGAAGUUAAAACGGUCUACAUUCCUCCUGAGAAACAUAUUCCAGCUGCUGAAAAGAAGGAAGUUCAUGUAUCAACAGAGAUUAAAAGAGAAACAGAAGCCAAGAUUGAGAAGACAAUCCACAUAGAACACCCGCGACCCCGCACAGCAAGUCCUCACUUCACUGUCUCCAAAAUUGCUGUUCCUAAACCAGAUCAUACGUAUGAGGUUUCAAUAGCAGGAUCUGCUAUGGCUACUCUGGAAAAGGAGUUAUCUGCUACUUCUGCUGCGCAAAAGAUUACCAAGCCUGUGAAACCACCUCAGCUAAAGCCGCAUGAAGUCAAGAUAAAACCAGAGUCAGCUCCUCCACAGUUUCCCUUCACAGAGGUUGCUGAGACCUAUAAAACUCAUUAUGAUGUUGAGACGAAAAAAGAGGUGGAUGUAAGCAUUAAAGGUGAAGCAGUGCGGGAGGAUCACCUGCUGUUGCGGAAAGAGGGUGAAGCAAAGGUGACAGAAACUGCCAGAGUUCCUGUGCCUGCAGAAAUUCCUGUGACUCCACCCACCUUAGUCUGGGGUCUCAAAAAUAAGACUGUGACUGAAGGUGAGUCUGUCACUCUGGAGUGCCAUAUCUCUGGUCACCCUCAGCCUACUGUGACGUGGUACAGGGAAGACUACAAGAUAGAGAGCUCAAUGGACUUCCAGAUCACUUUCAAAGCAGGACUUGCUCGCCUUGUGAUUCGUGAAGCCUUUGCAGAAGACAGUGGAAGAUUUACCUGCACUGCUACCAAUAAGGCUGGGAGUGUCAGCACAUCUUGCCACUUGCAUGUGAAGGUUUCAGAAGAAACUGAGACUAGAGAAACCAUUUCUGAGAAGGUUGUUACAGAAGAGAAAAGCUAUGUGGAGACAAAGGAUGUUGUAAUGGAAGAUGUCUCUGCCGAGGAAGUAUCGGGAGAACCCGUACCUCCUUUCUUCAUAAGAAAACCUGUAGUACACAAAUUAAUUGAAGGUGGGAGCAUUAUUUUUGAGUGCCAAGUAGGGGGCAACCCAAAGCCACAUGUCCUCUGGAAGAAAGGUGGAGUUCCUCUUACGACUGGCUACAGAUACAAAGUAAGUUAUAAACGAGAAACCGGGGAAUGCAAACUUGAAAUUUCCAUGACCUUUGCCGAUGAUGCCGGAGAAUACACUAUUGUCAUUCGUAACAAAUUUGGAGAAGCUUCUGCAACGGUCUCCUUACUAGAAGAAGCUGAUUAUGAGGCCUACAUAAAAUCCCAACAAGAAAUGAUGUACCAAACUCAAGUGACUGCAUAUGUCCAGGAACCUAAAGUGGCUGAGGUAGCCCCACCUAUUUCAUAUGGUGACUUUGAUAAAGAAUAUGAAAAAGAACAAGCCUUAAUUAGGAAGAAAAUGGCCAAAGAUACAGUGGUGGUCAGAACUUUUGUGGAAGAUGAGGAAUUCCACAUUUCUUCUUUUGAAGAAAGACUUAUCAAGGAAAUUGAACUCAGAAUUAUUAAGACAACCUUAGAUGAACUCCUCGAGGAAGAUGGAGAGGAGAUGAUGGUUGAUAUUUCUGAAUCUGAAGCAACUGAAGCAGGAUUUGAUUUAAGAUUAAAGAAUUACAGAACCUUUGAAGGCACUGGUGUUACUUUCCAUUGUAAGACAACUGGAUAUCCAUUGCCGAAGAUUGCAUGGUACAAAGAUGGUAAGCGCAUAAGACAUGGGGAGCGCUACCACAUGGAAGUUCUGCAAGAUGGUAGUGCCAGUCUGCGUUUGCCUGUUGUUUUACCUGAAGAUGAAGGAAUCUACACAGUCUUUGCCAGUAACAUGAAAGGAAAUGCCAUUUGCUCAGCAAAGCUGUAUGUUGAGCCCCUUGCACCCACAGCAACUCCAGGUUAUAUGCCAGGACCAGAAGUUAUGAGAAGAUACAGAUCUAUUUCUCCACGCUCUCCUUCUCGUUCUCCUGCCCGCAGCUCUCCUUCUCGUUCUCCUGCACGCAGAUUAGAUGAAACUGAUGAAGGACAACUAGAGAGACUAUAUAAGCCAGUUUUUGUGCUGAAACCUACAUCAGUCAAAUGUUCACAGGGGCAGACAGCAAGAUUUGACUUAAAAGUUGUUGGCAGACCUAUGCCAGAGACAUAUUGGUUCCAUAAUGGUCAACAAGUGGUUAAUGAUUACACCCAUAAAAUAGUGAUUAAAGAAGAUGGUACCCAGUCAUUGAUCAUUGUUCCUGCUAUGCCUGAGGACUCUGGUGAAUGGGCUGUAAUUGCUCAGAAUAGGGCAGGCAAAGCUUCUGUUACAGUCACACUGUCUGUGGAAGCUAAGGAGGAUCUAGUCAGACCACGCUUUGUGGAAAGGCUCAAGAAUGUUAGUGUAAAAGAGGGCUCUAGACUGCACAUGUCUGUGAAAGCAACUGGCAACCCUAAUCCUGACAUUGUGUGGUUGAAGAAUAGUGACAUCAUUGUACCACACAAAUAUCCCAGAAUAAAGAUUGAGGGAACAAAAGGGGCCGCUGCCCUUAAAAUUGAAUCCACCGUCAGGCAAGAUGCUGCAUGGUAUACAGCUACUGCCAUCAACAAAGCUGGGCGGGACACUACUAGGUGCAAGGUGAACGUUGAAGUUGAACAUGCUGAACCAGAACCAGAAAGAAGAUUAAUCAUUCCAAAAGGGACUUACAAAGCCAAGGAGAUUGCAGCACCGGAGUUAGAGCCCCUCCAUUUGCGUUAUGGUCAAGAGCAGUGGGAGGAGGGGGAUCUUUAUGACAAAGAAAAGCAACAGAAACCAUUUUUUAAGAAGAAGCUCACAUCGUUAAGGCUGAAGCAAUUUGGACCAGCGCAUUUUGAGUGCAGACUUACACCAAUUGGUGACCCAACUAUGGUGGUGGAAUGGUUGCAUGAUGGCAAACCAUUGGAAGCAGCUAACAGACUCCGGAUGAUUAAUGAGUUUGGGUACUGUAGCCUGGACUAUGGAGUAGCCUAUUCCAGAGAUAGUGGUGUGAUCACUUGCAGGGCAACUAACAAAUAUGGUACAGACCAUACAUCUGCUACCCUGAUUGUGAAGGAUGAGAAAAGUCUUGUGGAAGAAUCUCAAUUGCCAGAAGGCAGAAGAGGAAUGCAGCGAAUUGAAGAGUUAGAAAGAAUGGCACAUGAAGGUGCUCUUCCUGCAGUUGCUAUGGAUCAAAAAGAGAAACAAAAGCCAGAGCUUGUUUUGGUUCCUGAGCCUGCAAGAGUCUUGGAGGGUGAAACAGCACGAUUCCGCUGCCGUGUCACUGGUUAUCCUCUUCCCAAGGUCAACUGGUACCUUAACAGUCAGCUCAUUCGUAAGAGCAAAAGGUUUAGACUCCGUUAUGAUGGAAUCCACUACCUGGAUAUUGUGGACUGCAAAUCAUAUGACACAGGUGAGGUGAAAGUCACUGCAGAGAAUCCAGAAGGCUUUAUUGAACAUAAGGUGAAACUUGAGAUCCAGCAGAGAGAAGACUUCAGAUCAGUUCUUCGUCGGGCUCCUGAACCCAGGCAUGAACCUGUAGUGACAGAGCCUGGAAAACUUCUCUUUGAGGUACAGAAGAUAGACAAGCCUGCUGAGGCAACAACCAAAGAGGUAGUGAAACUUAAAAGAGCUGAAAGAAUCACACAUGAGAAACUGUCAGAGGAAUCUGAAGAGCUGCGCAGUAAGUUCAAGCGAAGGACAGAAGAGGGCUAUUAUGAAGCCAUCACUGCUGUGGAACUUAAGUCUCGCAAGAAGGAUGAAUCAUAUGAGGAGAUGCUAAAAAAGACAAAAGAAGAACUUCUUCACUGGACCAAAGAGAUCCCAGAGGAAGAAAAGAAAGCCCUUCCUCCUGAAGGCAAAAUCACCAUUCCAACAUUCAAACCAGAGAAGGUUGAACUUAGUCCAAGUAUGGAAGCUCCAAAGAUAUUUGAACGAAUUCAAAGCCAGACUGUAGCCCAAGGCACAGAUGCCCACUUCCGUGUGAGAGUGGUAGGGAAACCAGACCCUGAGUGCCAGUGGUUCAGAAAUGGUGUGCAGAUUGAAAGGACUGAUCGUAUAUACUGGUACUGGCCUGAAGAUAACGUUUGUGAACUGGUCAUCAGAGAUGUGACUUCUGAUGAUUCAGCCAGCAUCAUGGUGAAAGCAGUCAAUAUAGCUGGUGAAACUUCCAGCCAUGCUUUCCUGUUAGUGCAAGCCAAGCAGCUAAUUAGCUUCAUCCAGAACUUACAAGAUGUUGUUGCUAAAGAGAAGGACUCCAUGGCAACAUUUGAAUGUGAGACAUCAGAACCCUUCGUCAAAGUUAAAUGGUUUAAGAAUGGAAUUGAGAUUCAUUCUGGAGAAAAAUACAGGAUGCACUCAGACAGGAAGGCUCAUUUUCUUUCUGUACUAGCAGUAGAAAUGUCUGAUGCUGACGACUACAGCUGUGCUCUGGUAGAAGAUGAAUCAGUAAAAACUACUGCAAAGCUUAUUGUUGAAGGUGCUGUGGUUAUGUUCAUUAAAGAACUUGAGGACGUUGAAGUCCCAGAAUCCUUCGCAGGGGAACUUGAGUGUGAGGUUUCCCCAGAAGACGUUGAGGGGAAAUGGUAUCAUGGUGAUGUUGAACUCAGUUCCAAUCAUAAAUAUGUGCUUGCAUCCCGUCGUGGUCGCCGAAUCCUCACUAUUAAAGAUGUUAAUAAAGAUGAUCAAGGAGAGUAUAGCUUUGUUGUUGAUGGGAAGAGGACUCACUGCAAACUAAAGAUAAAGCCUCGUCCCAUGACUAUUCUUCAAGGACUUACUGAUCAAAAAGUCUGUGAGGGAGAUAUUGUACAACUUGAAGUUAAGGUCUCUCUAGAAAAUGCGGAAGGUGUCUGGAUGAAAGAUGGUCAUGAAAUUCAGUCAAGUGAUCGUAUUCAUAUUGUGUUGGAUAAACAGUCACACAUGUUGUUGAUAGAAGAUGCAACAAAAGAAGACAGUGGAACUUACUCUUUCAGCAUUCCUGGUCUUGAACUAUCAACCACUGGACAAGUUACUGUGUACAGUGUGGAAAUAAUAGUUCCUCUGAAAGAUGUUCAUGUAGUUGAAGGAACAAAGGCUAUCCUUGAAUGCAAAGUUUCAGCACCAGAUGUAACUUCCUCCAAAUGGUACCUAAAUGAUCAUCAGAUAAAGCCUGAUGAACGUGUACAAGCUGUGUGUAAAGGCACUAAACAGAGGCUAGUGGUUGCCAGAACCCAUGCAUCAGAUGAAGGACAUUACAAGUUAAUGGUUGGCAAAGUCGAAACAAGUUGCAACGUCACAGUUGAAGAAAUUGAGAUUAUCAGAGGUCUUCAUGACAUCACCUGCACUGAAACACAGAAUGUAUCUUUUGAGGUUGAGCUCUCCCAUUCAGGGAUUGAUGUAAUUUGGCAUUUCAAAGGGCAAGAGAUCAAGGCUGGUCCUAAAUACAAAAUUGAAGCACAUGGCAAAAUAUAUAAAUUGACAGUGGUGAAAAUGAUGAAAGAUGAUGAAGGAGAAUAUGUAUUUUAUGCUGGAGGGAAGAAAACAUCUGGAAAAUUGAUAGUGGCAGGAGGUGCCAUUUCAAAGCCUCUCAGUGACCUGACUGUAGCUGAGUCCCAGAGAGCUGUUUUUGAAUGUGAGGUGGCAAAUCCUGAAUCAGAGGGCCAGUGGCUAAAAAAUGGUAAACCAUUACCCAGGACAGAUCAGUAUCGUACUGAAACUGAUGGUGUUAAGAGGAGACUUAAUAUCCCUGCCACAAAGAUGGAUGAUAUGGGUGAAUAUAGCUAUGAAAUAGCAAGCUCAAAGACGUCUGCUAAACUGCAUGUCGAAGCUGUUAAGAUAAAGAAGACUCUUAAGAACUUGACUGUGACAGAAACACAGGAGGCAGUGUUCAGCGUAGAACUUACUCACCCUGAUGUGAAAGGAGCUCUGUGGAUUAAAAAUGGUGUUGAACUUGAAUCAAAUGACAAAUAUGAAAUUUCAGUGAAAGGAACAAUUCACACACUGAAAAUCAAGCACUGUGUUGUCACUGAUGAGUCUGUUUAUAGCUUUAAGCUUGGGAGGAUAGGAGCAAAUGCCAGACUUCACGUUGAAACUGUCAAGAUUAUCAAGAAGCCAAAGGAUGUGACUGCUUUGGAAAAUGCUGUUGUUUCCUUUGAACUGAGUGUAUCCCAUGAUACUGUACCAGUUCGCUGGUUCCACAAAAAUGUUGAGCUGAAACAAAGUGAUAAAUACAAGAUGAUAUCACAAAGGAAAGUCCACAAGCUGAUGCUGCAUAAUAUAUCUCCUGCUGAUGCUGGAGAAUAUACAGCUUUUGUUGGACAACUUGAGUGUAAAGCAAAACUAUUUGUGGAAACCAUACACAUCACAAAGACCAUGAAAAGUAUUGAGAUCCCUGAGACCAAAACUGCCUCUUUUCAAUGUGAAGUUUCUCAUUUCAACGUACCUGCUGUCUGGUUGAAAAAUGGUGUGGAGAUUGAAAUGAGUGAAAAGUUCAAAAUAGUGGUCCAGGGGAAACUCCAUCAGCUGAACAUCAUGAACACAAGCAGUGAAGAUUCUGCAGAAUAUACGUUUGUCUGUGGAAAUGACAGAGUCAGUGCAACUCUGACCGUAAAACCCAUCCUAAUUACCUCCAUGCUCGAAGACAUCAAUGCUGAAGAGAAAGAUACAAUCACAUUUGAAGUUACUGUUAACUAUGAAGGUAUCUCAUAUAAAUGGCUGAAGAAUGGAGUGGAAAUAAAAUCUACUGACAAAUGCCAGAUACGAACAAAGAAGCUCACACACUCACUCUCCAUAAGGAAUGUGCAUUUUGGUGAUGCUGCAGAAUACACUUUUGUUGCUGGAAAAGCAGCUUCAUCAGCCACUUUAUAUGUGGAAGCUCGUCACAUUGAAUUUAGGAAGCAUAUUAAAGAUAUUAAGGUUGUGGAGAAGAAGAGAGCCAUUUUUGAAUGUGAAAUUUCAGAACCUGAUGUUCAGGUCCAGUGGAUGAAGGAUGGACAAGAACUUCAGAUUGGUGAGAGGAUGAAAAUUCAGCGGGAGAAAUAUGUCCAUCGUCUUAUCAUUCCUUCCACGAAAAUGUCUGAUGCUGGUCAGUACACUGUAGUAGCAGGUGGAAACACAUCCAGUGCCAAUUUGAUAGUGGAAGGUCGUGACGUUCGAAUCAGAAGCAUCCAUAAAGAUAUUCAGGUCAUUGAGAGACAAAGAGCUGAAAUUGAAUUUGAAGUUAAUGAAGAUGACAUUGAACCACAGUGGUACAAGGAUGGCAUUGAGAUCAACUUCCAUUAUGAGGAAAGAUACAGCUAUGUGGUAGAAAGGAGAAUUCAUCGAAUGAGCAUCUCUGAAACCACUUACUCUGAUGCUGGAGAAUAUACUUUUGUUGCAGGACGGAAUAGGAGUUCUGUUGUUCUCUAUGUGAAUGCUCCGGAGCCGCCUCGGAUUAUCCAGGAGCUACAGCCAACCACCGUGGAGUCGGGUAAACCUGCCCGCUUCUGUGCAGUGAUAUCAGGGAAACCCCAGCCCAAAGUUUCCUGGUACAAAGAUGAUCAACAGCUUUCUCCAGGUUUCAAGUGCAAAUUUCUUCAUGAUGCUCAAGAAUAUACGCUGUUGCUGAUUGAAACUUUCCCUGAAGAUUCAGCUGUGUAUACAUGUGAAGCCAAAAAUGACUAUGGAGUUGCCACAACUUCAGCUUCACUUUCAGUGGAAAUCCCAGAAGUUGUUUCUCCUGAGCUAGAGGUACCAGUGUAUCCACCUGCUGUCAUAGUACCACUUCGUGAUGCUGUUACAUCCGAGGGACAGUCUGCUCGUUUUCAGUGCAGAGUUACAGGGACAGAUCUGAAAGUCUCUUGGUAUAGCAAAGACAAAGAGAUCAAGCCAUCACGUUUCUUUAGAAUGACUCAGUUUGAAGACACUUACCAGCUGGAGAUUGCUGAAGCUUAUCCAGAGGAUGAAGGCACCUACACCUUUGUAGCAAGUAACUCCGUGGGCCAAGUGACAAGCACUGCCACCCUGAAGUUGGAAGCUCCUGAAAAAAUUAUGUAUGAGAAGCUAGAGGAAGAGAUUGAAAUGGAAGUGAAAGACAUCUCUAGUUCUCUUACUGUGUCUUCUGAGGAAGGAAGAAGUGAAGGCUACAGCAGCAGCCUUCAGUUGCCCGAUAGAGAAAAAACACUUGAAUUUGAGUCUGAAAAACCAGUUUACUCCAGUCAAAGCAAGCAGAAAAUGGAGGAGGGGGGCAGUGCACCUGUUUUCCUCAGACAGGUCUCAGAUGUUGAAGUCUGGCAGGGAGAUGUAGCUAGGCUGUCUGUUACUGUUACUGGAAGCCCCACACCCAAAAUCCAGUGGUUUUUCAAUGGUGUGAAGCUAACCCCCUCCACAGAUUGUAAAUUAGUGUUUGCUGGAAAUGACCACAGCCUCAUCCUCCCCUAUGCAGGCAUGCAGGAUGAGGGCAAGUACACGUGCACAGCCAGCAAUGUGCACGGUGAGGCCACGUGCAGUGCCCACCUCCACGUGCAGCAGCGGGCACAAGGGGCCCCUUGCUUUGCCAGGGUACCAGAGAGUGUGCAGUGUGCACCAGGUUUCACCGCUGUCUUUGAGUACACUGUAGCUGGGCAGCCAUGCCCUGAUGUGAAGUGGUUCAAGGGGAACGAGCAACUUUUCUUGGAUGCACGUUCUUUUGUGGCUCACCAUCCUGAUGGCUCAGGCUCCCUGACAGUGCAGGAGUGUACUGAGGAGGACACUGGGCUGUACAUCUGCCGAGCAGUGAAUUCACUGGGUGAGGCUGUAUGCUCUGCUGAGCUCCUUGUGCUGCCUGAGGAGCAUCUUGUGUGCAAUCAGAGUCCAGCCUUGCAGCACUCCAUGGUGACAGAGGACCAAAGUCCUACGUCCUAUGAGGAGGCCAGCGAGCUUCCCACUGCAGAAAGAGCCCUUAGCCUUGAGCCCAUGAGGGAACCCCAGGCUCUCCUCCAGCUCCAGAUGAGCCAGAUGGAGCACAUGCUGCCCAAGGAGGGCAUAUUACCUAGCCUGCCACCAACCUGCCUUGCUGUGCAGGGUGUUGAAGAAAUGCUGACCCAGGCAGCCACAACGCAGGAGAACAACAAGCUUCUGGCGGAGCUGGUGCAGACCCUCCCUGGUGGCCCCCAAAGUGUUUCACCUGAAGUGGCAACUGAAACACCACUGCCAGGCUGCCUUGGAACUGUGGCUGCACAGAUGUUCUUGCCCAAAGAGCAAGUCAUCCCAGAGGAGUUAGAACAGAUGGCUGCUCUGAAGACAGAAGUUUCCCAAGCCUUUCAACAGGUAUCAAGCACCACUGAGAGCUAUGUCAUGUAUGGUGACCACUUUCAAGUCGUAGAAGGCUUCCAGGCAAUGCAAGGAGAGCUAAAGGCUGAACCCAGAUUUCCCUCUGAAUUGACGUGCACAGAGGGUCAUGCUGUCCCCCUGGAGAACAUUUCUGCCCUGGAAGCGGCAGAGGAAGAUUUUGCUGCAAGAAUCCGUGAGGGACAGGCUGUGAGAUUUCCCUUGCUACUAGAAGAAAACCAGCCUUUGGAGGAAGAACACGUUAUCAGUCUUGCUAGCCCACUUAAGCAGUAUUCCAAGGUAGGAAGACAGCCCUGUGAAAUGAUGUAUGCUAGCCAGUUCUGGACAAGCCAAGCCUUUACCAAAGAGAGCCAGCUCACUUAUCAGGUUCCCAAGAGCUGUCACCUAGAUAUAAAGUCCCAAAUCAGAGAUGCACUAAAAGCUGCAGUGGUAAGUGAGCAAAACCUCUUGUUUUCAGAGUGGUUGGCUGAUAAAGAAAGCAUUGAAGUGCAGGCACUAAAAAUCACCAAGGAACAUAAAUAUGCCUUGUGCACCUAUGUUGUGACCGCAGGAGGACUCAAUCCCAUUGAAAUUCCAGUCUCUCUUGCAGAAGUCGACAUUGAGAUAGCUGACCAGAAAAAAGUAUUAAAGGAGGCUUUCUAUUCUCUUAUUUAUGAAGAAAAGCACCUCUUGACAGAUGAAAAAUCUGAAGCAUUGCCAAGCCCUCCUCAUUCACUUAACUCAGAAAAAUCCAUUGAUGAAGCUUCUGAGCUGGAGCCCCAGCAGGCUGAGAGAACUAUAGAGGCAGAAAUACCCUUGGAACAGCCUUUGUCUGCUGAAGUAGUCAACAUUCUGAUGGAACAUGGCCAAAUCAAGGAUGUGGGGGCAGCGGCAGCCACUGCUGAUGUAGCCCCUGCAGGCGUUCCUGUUGAGAAACCCACAGAAAUACUGAAAAGGAAGGAGAAAAGGGAAAAAAUACAUGAGGAGGAGGGCAGAGAGUGUCUGGCAACUAAAGGUGUGAAUCUGGAGGAUGAGCUGAGUAAAGAGAAUUACCCUAUCAUACACAGCAAGCUGGUUAACACUAUUGUGGAGGAAGGGGAGAGUGUCACUCUGGUAUCUGUCAUAACAAAUGUCAGAGAGGUGAAUUGGUACUUUGACGGUAAACUGGUGUCUUCAGGCAACAAAUUCAAGUGUUUGCAAGAUCAAGACACAUACAAAUUAGUGAUCAGCCAAGUGUGUGGGGAGAUCCACCAAGGAGAGUACACUUGUGAGGCACUGAAUCAAGGUGGAAAAAGAACAACAACAGCAAAGCUCACAGUUGUUAAAAGAGUUGCACCAAUCCUGAGAAGAAGGCUUGAACCUCUGGAGGUGGCCGUAAACCACGUGGCCAAGUUUACCUGUGAAGUAGAAACUACUCCUAAUGUCAAGUUCCAGUGGUACAAAGCUGGCCGAGAGAUCUAUGAUGGGGACAAAUACUCAAUUCGCUCCUCCAACUACCUUUCCACGCUGGAGAUCCCAAGGCCUCAGGUUGUUGACUGUGGAGAGUAUAGCUGUAAGGCUUCCAACCAGCAUGGCAGCGUAAGCUCUACAGCCUUUUUAACAGUAACUGAACCGCCAAGGUUUAUUAAGAAACUAGACUCUUCAAGACUUGUGAAACAACAUGAUUCCACUAGGUAUGAGUGCAAAGUAGGUGGAUCUCCCGAAAUUAAAGUUACCUGGUACAAAGGAGAAACUGAGAUCCAUCCAAGUGAAAAAUAUAGCAUGUCCUUUGUGGAUUCAGUGGCAGUCCUUGAAAUGCACAACCUCAGUGUUGAAGACACUGGUGACUACAGUUGUGAAGCCCAGAACCCAGCUGGUAGUGCUAGCACCAGCACCUCACUGAAAGUGAAAGCACCCCCUGCUUUUACCAAGAAGCCUCAUCCAGUCCAGACCUUGAAAGGGUCUGAUGUUCAUCUGGAAUGUGAGCUUCAGGGCACACCUCCAUUCCAGAUUUCAUGGUAUAAAGACAAGCGAGAAAUUCGAAGCAGCAAGAAAUACAAGGUCAUGUCUGAGAACUACCUUGCUAGCAUUCACAUUCUCAAUGUGGAUACUGCAGAUGUUGGUGAAUAUCACUGUAAAGCUGUAAAUGAUGUGGGAAGUGACUCCUGCAUUGGCUCUGUAACACUGAGAGCACCACCAACCUUUGUGAAGAAGCUGAGUGAUAUCACUGUUGUGGUUGGGGAGACAAUUGAACUACAAGCUGCAGUUGAAGGAGCACAGCCCAUUUCUGUUCUGUGGUUAAAAGACAAAGGGGAGAUCAUUAGAGAAAGUGAAAAUCUUUGGAUUUCCUAUUCAGAAAACGUUGCAUCUUUGAAGAUUGGAAAUGCAGAGCCAGCCAAUGCUGGGAAAUACAUUUGUCAGAUAAAAAAUGAUGCCGGAUUUCAGGAAUGCUUUGCCAAAUUAACAGUGCUCGAACCUGCAGUCAUUGUAGAGAAGCCUGGCCCAGUGAAAGUUACAGCUGGAGACUCUUGUACUCUGGAAUGCACAGUAGAUGGCACACCAGAGCUUACUGCUAGGUGGUUUAAGGAUGGGAAUGAAUUGUCUACUGACCAUAAAUACAAAAUCAGUUUCUUCAACAAAGUAUCUGGGCUUAAGAUCCUCAAUGCAGGACUAGAAGAUAGUGGAGAAUAUACUUUUGAGGUGAAAAACAGUGUUGGUAAAAGCAGCUGCACUGCUUCAGUGCAAGUUUCAGAUCGUAUUAUACCACCUUCUUUCACAAGAAGACUGAAAGAAACAUACGGUCAGCUGGGUUCUUCUGCUGUUCUGGAGUGCAAAGUUUAUGGGUCACCGCCCAUUCUUGUUUCCUGGUUUCAUGAUGGACAGGAGAUUACCAGUGGAGACAAAUAUCAGGCUACCCUUACAGACAAUACUUGUUCUCUGAAAGUUAAUGAGCUUCAGGAAUCUGAUAUGGGAACUUAUUCAUGUACAGCUACUAAUGUAGCUGGAUCUGAUGAAUGCAGCACAUUUUUGAGUGUUAGAGAGCCACCAUCUUUUGUGAAGAAACCUGAACCACUUAAUGUUCUAUCUGGAGCAAACAUCACAUUUACAAGUAUCGUGAGAGGCUCUCCUCCACUGGAAGUCAAAUGGUUUAGAGGUAGCGUUGAGCUAGCACCAGGACACAAAUGCAACAUUACCUUGCAAGACUCCGUUGCAGAAUUGGAGCUAUUUGAUGUACAGCCACUUCAGAGUGGAGACUACACGUGCCAGGUCUCUAAUGAGGCAGGGAAGAUUUCUUGCACAACACAUCUUUUUGUCAAAGAACCAGCGAAGUUUGUGAUGAAGGUGAAUGAUUUAAGUGUAGAGAAAGGAAAAAAUUUAAUCUUGGAAUGCACAUAUACGGGUACUCCACCAAUUUCAGUGACGUGGAAGAAAAAUGGAGUAAUAUUAAAACAAUCUGAAAAGUGUAGCAUCACCACUACAGAAACUUCUGCCAUACUGGAAAUCCCCAAUAGCAAACUGGAAGAUCAGGGGCAGUAUUCUUGCCAUAUUGAAAAUGACUCUGGGCAAGAUAAUUGUCAUGGUGCAAUUACAAUACUAGAACCACCUUACUUCGUUACACCUUUGGAGCCAGUGCAGGUGACUGUUGGGGAUUCUGCGUCCUUACAGUGCCGGGUUGCUGGAACACCAGAAAUGAUUGUGUCAUGGUACAAAGGGGAUACAAAGCUGAGAGGAACAGCUACUGUGAAAAUGCACUUUAAGAACCAAGUUGCCACUCUGGUCUUCAGCCAAGUGGACAGCGGUGACAGUGGGGAGUACAUCUGCAAAGUAGAAAAUACUGUUGGGGAAGCUACUUCAUCUUCUUUGCUUACCGUUCAAGAGCGUAAACUUCCUCCUUCUUUUACAAGAAAAUUGAGAGAUGUUCAUGAAACUGUUGGCUUGCCAGUUACAUUUGAUUGUGGCAUUGCUGGUUCAGAACCUAUUGAAGUAUCUUGGUUUAAAGACAAUGUGCGUAUAAAAGAAGACUACAAUGUUCACACAUCCUUCAUAGAUAAUGUAGCAACUCUGCAGAUUUUGAAGACCGAGAAGAGCUUUAUGGGGCAAUAUACCUGCACAGCAAGCAAUGCUAUUGGAACUGCUUCUUCUAGUGGCAAACUUGUCCUUACAGAGGGGAAGACUCCUCCAUUCUUUGAUACCCCAAUUACACCUGUGGAUGGUAUUGUUGGAGAAAGUGCUGACUUUGAGUGUCACAUUUCUGGAACACAGCCAAUUAGAGUCACCUGGGCAAAAGAUAACCAGGAAAUUAGAACAGGAGGAAACUAUCAGAUCAGUUAUGUAGAAAACAUAGCCCAUUUGACCAUCUUGAGAGUUGACAGGGGAGACUCUGGAAAGUAUACAUGCUAUGCUAGCAAUGAAGUUGGAAAGGAUUCUUGUACAGCACAACUGAAUGUUAAAGAACGAAAAACUCCACCUACUUUUACUCGGAAACUGUCUGAAGCAGUAGAAGAAACAGAAGGGAAUGAACUUAAACUUGAGGGCCGUGUUGCUGGUUCUCAACCUCUCACUGUUUCUUGGUAUAAAAACAAUCAGGAAGUUCAUUCAAGUCCUCACUGUGAAAUAUCAUUCAAAAACAAUACCUUGCUUUUGCAUAUCAAGAACGUAGGGCAAUCAGAUGCUGGUUUAUAUACCUGCAAGGUGUCCAAUGAAGCAGGAAGUGUGUUGUGUACAUCCUCUGUUGUUAUCAGAGAACCAAAAAAGCCUCCAGUUUUUGACCAGCCUCUUCAGCCAGCAGCAACAGAAGAAGGUGAUACCUUGCAGCUCAGCUGCCAUGUCAGAGGAUCAGAGCCAAUCCGGAUUCAGUGGCUGAAGGCAGGAAGAGAAAUAAGAGCUUCAGAAAGAUGCAGCUUCAGCUUUGCUAAUGGAGUAGCUCUUCUGGAACUUGCUGCAGUUACCAAAUCUGAUUCAGGAGAAUACGUGUGCAAAGCUUCAAAUGUGGCUGGCACUGACACUUGCAGAUCUAAAGUGACAGUUAAAGAAAAAGCAGCAGCUGCACCAGCAGCUAAGAAAGCAGACAUGGAAGGAAAACUUUAUUUUGUAUCAGAGCCUCAGAGUGUCAAAGUCAUGGAAAAGACUGUUGCAACAUUUAUUGCAAAAGUUGGAGGAGACCCAAUUCCAAAUGUUAAGUGGAUGAAGGGGAAAUGGAGGCAACUCAACCAGGGUGGCCGCAUUAUAAUCCAGCAGAGAGGAGAUGAAGCCAAACUGGAAAUAAAGGACACAACAAAAACAGAUUCUGGCACGUACAGAUGUGUAGCUUUUAACCAACAUGGUGAAAUUGAGAGGAGUGUCAACCUGCAAGUUGAAGAAAGGAAGCAAGAAGUUGUUGAAGAGGAUGUCAGGGGAAAACUGAAAAGAAUUCCAACAAAAAAGAAGGAAGAUGAAGAGCAGACUAUCGAUAUCUUGGAACUUCUCAAAAAUGUUGAUCCCAAAGAAUACGAGAAAUAUGCUCGCAUGUAUGGAAUUACAGAUUUCCGUGGCCUCCUGCAAGCUUUUGAGUUACUAAAGCAGACCAGAGAAGAAGAAAGCCAUAGAUUGGAAAUUGAGCUCACAGAAAAGGCUCAAAAAGAGGACCAGGAGUUUGAAGAACUUGUAGCAUUUAUUCAGCAACGGCUCACACAAACAGAGCCUGUUACUCUAAUCAGAGACAUCGAAAAUCAAACAGUUUUAACAGAUGAAGAUGCUAUCUUUGAAUGUGAGAUUAAAAUUAACUAUCCAGAAAUUAAGCUUUCAUGGUACAAGGGAACUCAGAAACUAGACUCCAGCGACAAAUAUGAAAUUAAAAUUGAAGGUGAUCGCCACAUACUGAAAAUCAGAAACUGCCAACUUGAAGAUCAAGGGAAUUACAGAAUAGUGUGUGGACCGCACAUUGCCAGUGCUAGACUAACUGUGAUUGAGCCUGCAGUUGAACGGCAUCUUCAUGACACUACUUUCAAGGAAGGAAACACAUGCACGCUGUCUUGUCAGUUUUCUAUCCCAAAUGCCAAGUCUCAGUGGUAUAGAAAUGGGAGGCCAAUUAAGAUAGGAGGGAGAUAUUCAACACAAGUCUCCGACAAAGUACACAAACUCAUCAUCAAGGAUGUUAGAACAGAAGACCAGGGACAGUAUACCUGCAAGCUUGACAAUCUAGAAACAACUGCUGAUCUGGCCAUUGAAGCUGAACCAAUUCAGUUCACAAAGAGCAUACAGAACAUUGUAGUAAGCGAACACCAAUCUGCUACCUUUGAGUGUGAAGUUUCCUUUGAUGAUGCAGUUGUGACAUGGUAUAAAGGCCCCACUGAACUGAGAGAAAGCCCGAAGUACAGCUUCAGAAGUGAAGGUCGUUGUCAUUAUAUGACUAUUCACAAUGUUACUGCAGACGAUGAAGGUGUAUAUUCUGUAAUUGCUCGUCUCGAACCAAGGGGAGAAGCAAGAAGCACUGCAGAGCUCUAUCUGGUAACCAAAGAAAUCAAACUGGAGUUGAAGCCUCCAGAUGUUCCUGAUGCCAAGGUAGCAGUUCCACCUCCAAAACCAGCUGAAGAAGCUGCCCCCAUUCCUAUUCUUCUGCCCCUCAUUACACCACCAGAGGAGAAAAAGCCAGAAAAGAAAGUUCCAGUAAAGAAAGUCUCGAAAAAGGUGGUUAAAAAGGGUCCCAAGGAAAUCCCACCACCUGAAGUUCCUGAGAUACUGCCAGAGAAGCCCAAAGAGGUCAAAAUAACAUCUAUGGCAAGGAGAGAAGAGAUUCAUGAAGAAAAAAUGGAAGUAUAUGAAAAACCCAAAGAAGUUUAUGAAGAAUGGGAAGAAGAUUAUGGAGAAGAUCAUGAUUAUUAUUUCAAGGAAGAAGGUUAUGAUGAAGGAGAAGAGGAAUGGGAAGAAACUUACGAGAAAAGGGAGGUGGCUUAUGAAGAAAAACAAAUCAUUCAUGAAGAAGUGGUGGAAGUUCCUAAGAAGCCUGUGCCUGAGCGAAAGCCUGCAGCAAUUACAGCUGAAAAGAAGGAAAAGAAAGAAAUUACAGUUCAUAAAGUUGUGAAGAAACCUGUUGAUGAAAAAGUUGAGAUUACCACUCAGAGGGUUGCAGAGGAAAAACUCAAACGGGCUGAGGUUACCAAGAAAAUCCCAUCAGCAAAGCCUACACCAAUGAUCGUCGAGGAAAAGGUUAUGAAAAAGGAAGUACCGACAGUAGAAAGAUGGACUGUUUCAGAAGAAAAGAUGUCAGUUUCUGUCCGCAGAGAAGAAGAGUAUUCAUAUAUCACAGAGCCUACAGAGCAUGAGAAAACAGUUGAAGAAAGAUUCUUUGAAGCUGUUUACCCAAUUGAAGCACAUAAGGAAGUUGAAGAGGAGGAAGAACGAGAGGUCAUUUCUGAAGAACUGGAGAUUCAUCACGUUGAAGUGCCUGAGAUAACAAAGAGGCAUGUCCCAGAAGAAAGAAAGCCUGUUCCUGUCCCAAAAGAAGCUCCACCUGCUAAAGUGCCUGAGGUCCCUAAGAAACCUGUUCCAGAAAAGAGAGUUGCUGUUGCUAAGAAGGAGGUGUCUCCCCCAGUAAAAGUGCCUGAAGUGCCUAAAAAACCUCCACCUGAAGAAAAGGUACACAUUCCAGUUCACAAAGUAGAACCUCCACCUCUCAAAGUGCCAGAGGAGCCCAAAAGAGCUCCCCCUGAGAAAAAAGUUGCUGUUCCAAAAAGAGAAGCAGCUCCACCCCCUAAAGCACCAGAAGUACCUAAGAAACCAGUACCAGAAGAAAAAUUGCCUCAGAUUCCUAAACUAGAAGAGGCUCCACCUGCAAAAGUGCCUGCAGUUCCUAAGAAACCUGUCCCUAAAGAAAAGGUACCUCCUGCUGUUCCUAAAAAAGUUGAGGCUCCUCCAGCUAAAGUACCGGAAGUGCAGAAGAGAGCAACUUUUGAAGAAAGAAUGCUUAUUACAGAAGAAAGAAUAUCUAUUGCUGUUCCAGAAGAAAUCCCAUCACCUGAAGAACCAAUAGUUGAAGAGUGGUCUGAAGAAGAAACAGAGGAAGUAUCUGUUUCCAUUCACAGAGAGGAGGUUUCUGAAGUGACUGAAGAAGAGUCUUAUUACAUAGAAGAGAAGGUAACUGUGCCUAAAAGAAAGGAAGCCCCACCUGCUAAAGUGCCUGAGAAGCCUAGGAGAGUUGCCCCUGAACCAGAAAUUCCAGCUGCUCUGAAGGAAGCUCCAGCAGCUAAAGUGCCUGAAGUUCAUAAAAAAGUAGCUCCGAAAGAGAAAGUACCUGUCCCUGUUCCUAAGAAAGUGGAGGCUCCACCAUCAAGAGAACGUCCAGAAGAAGUGCCCACUUUUGAGAUAGCUGUUGAAGAACCACCACCAACCAAAGUGACUCAAGUGCACAGAAAAAUUAUCACAGAAGAAAAAGUUGCGGUUGCUAAAAAAGAUGAGGCUCCACCCAAAAGAGCAGUGCCCAAGAAGACUGUGCCAGAAGAGAAAGUUCCUGUUCCGGUUUCACGGAAAGUGGCCGCUCCACCAGCUAAAGUGCCCGAAGUACGCAAGAUGGUUGUCCAAAAAGAAAAGGUGUAUAUUGAAGUUCCUCAGGAUGAGGAGGAAGAAGAGGUUCCACAAUAUGAAGAAGUAACCAAAUAUGAGAAGGAAGUAAUCCAUUAUGAGGAAGAAGUCCAACAUUAUGAAGAAAUUAGUCACUAUGAGGAAGAAGCUCCUCAGUAUGAAGAAGUUCCUCAAUAUGAAGAGGAAGAAGUCACCCAUUAUGAAGAAGAAGCUGCUUAUUAUGAAGAGGAAGUUCCUCAAUAUGAGGAGGAGGAGGCAGAAAUUCCCCAAUAUGAAGAGGAGGCUCCACCACCAGUUAGAGUGCCUGAGGUGCUCAAGAAGGCUGUUCCAGAGGAAAAAAUACCUGUUCUGAAGAAAAAGGAAGUUCCUCCAGCAAAAGUGCCUGAGGUGCCAAAGAAACCUGAACCUGAAAAGAAAGUCCAGGUGCCAAAGAAGAAGGAAGCUCCCCCACCUAAAGUCCCUGAGGUGCGUAAAAGAGAUGUUGCAGAAGAGAAAGUACCAGCCGUUGUUCCCAAGCCCAAAGAACCACCUCCAAGUAAAGUGCCUGAAAUACCCAAGAAACCCAUUCGGAAAGUCCCUGCUCCGGCUCCUGCUCCUGUUCCUGCAGCAGAGAAAUAUGAAUAUGCAUAUGAAGAGUAUGAGAAGUAUGAGACGUAUGAAAGUAUUGAAGAAUUUGAGGGGGUUCAGGAAACUGAAGAAAUUGAAGCAUAUGAGGAACCUGAAUUACCUGAGAGAUACAGAGAAAUCCAGGAACAGGAGUAUGAACUGGAGGCUGAAGAGAAGGAAGAUAUCUAUGAGAAGUAUGAGUUUAGGGAGAAAGAAGAAAUCUAUGAGAAAUAUGAGGAAGCAUAUGAGGAAACUUAUGAAAUCCCACCAGCUAUAGAACCUGAGGUGCCUAAAAGACCUCUGCCAGAAGAAAAAGUACCUGUUCCUGUUCCAAAAAAAGAAGCUCCGCCAGCUAAAGUGCCAGCACUGCCAAAGAAACCUGUUCCAAAGGAGAAAGUACCCGCUGUUCCUAAAAAGGAAACGGUUCCACCAGCUGAAGUGCCAGAUGUGCCCAAGAAAAUUCCAGAAGAGAAAGUACCCAUCACUGUGCCGAAAAAAACAGAACCAACACCAGCCAAAGAGCCUGAAGUGCCCAAGAAAAUAGAAGAGAAAAUCAAAGUUGCUGAGCCUAAAAAGCCAGAAGUACCACCAGCUAAAGUGCCUGAGGUACCAAAGAAAGUGGUCCAAGAAGAGAUUUCAGUUAAAGUACCAAAGAAACCAGAACCUCCACCAACUAAAGUGCCUGAGGUACCCAAGAAAGUGGUUCCAGAAGAAAAAGUACAUGUUGAAGUUCCUAAGAAACCAGAACCUCCACCACCUAAAGAACCUGAGGUGCUAAAGAAGAUUGUUCCAGAGAAGAAAUUACCAGAACCUGUGGCUGUACCUGAAAAACCAGAACCUCUACCAGAGAAAGCUCCUGAAGCAAAGAAGAAAGUUGUGACAGCAAAACCUGUUGAGGCUCCACAAUUGGAACCCCCACCUGCUAAAGUUCCUGGACUUGUAAAGAAACCUCGUAGAAUAAUUCCUGAAGUUACCCCUCCACCGAAAGAAGAAGUUGUUUUGAAAAGAGUUCUUAGAAAGAAACCAGAAGAGGAAGAACCUAAACCAGAGAAAGAACCUAAACCUGAAGUUAAACCAGUACCUACACCAGUAGAAAAAAUUAAGAAACCUGAAGUCUCAGAAGUUCCCAAGAAGAAAACUGAGAUACCUGUCAUUAAAAAGGAGGAGAAACAUGUUCCUGAACCACCAAAAGAACCUAAGCAGGCAGCUAUCUCAGUUCCUGGGCCUGAACCUAAACCUGCCGUAGCUUUAAAAUCUCCAAAACCAGCAGCAGAACCAGCACCAGCUGUUACUACUGCACCAGUGACAACUCCUGUUGUUGGAAAGAAAGCAGAGGCCAAGCCAACAAAAGAAGAAACUCCAAAGGGUAUCAGCCCAGUCAAAGCCAAGAAGACACCUUCACCAGCAGAUGCAGAAAGGAGGAAACUCAGGCCAGGUAGCGGUGGUGAAAAACCUCCUGAAGAGCCUCCAUUCACUUAUCAACUCAAGGCUGUGCCACUGAAGUUUGUCAAGGAGAUGAAAGAUAUAGUGCUGAAAGAAGCAGAAUCUGUUGGGUCUUCUGCAAUCUUUGAAGUCCUUAUUUCACCAUCCACUGCAAUUACCAGCUGGAUGAAAGAUGGAAGUAACAUCCGAGAGAGCCCAAAGCACAAGUUUAUUGCUGAUGGCAAAGAUAGGAAACUGCAUAUCAUUGAUGUCCAGCUGUCAGAUGCUGGUGAAUAUACUUGUGUACUACGACUAGGGAACAAAGAGAAGACCUCUACUGCCAAACUCAUUGUUGAAGAACUCCCGGUACGAUUUGUGAAAACACUUGAAGAAGAAGUCACUGUGAUUAAAGGCCAGCCACUGUACUUGACCUGUGAGCUUAAUAAAGAAAGAAGUGUGGUCUGGAGAAGGGAUGGGAAGAUCAUCAAAGACAAGCCUGGGAAAUUUGCUCUGGGUAUUAUUGGUUUGUCACAUUCCCUCACCAUCACUGAUUCAGAUGAUUCUGAUGCUGGCACCUACACUGUUACCGUGGAAGAUACUGAGCUCUCAUGCUCAUCUUGUGUUAAGGUAGUAGAAGUGAUAAGAGACUGGCUAGUAAAACCUAUAAGAGACCAGCACGUAAAGCCAAAAGGAACAGCUACUUUUACCUGUGACAUUGUCAAGGAUACACCAAACAUUAAAUGGUUUAAAGGCGAUGAGGAAAUUCCUGCUGAACCAACUGACAAGACAGAAAUCUUGAAAGAAGGAAACAAAAUUUUCCUGAAAAUUAAGAAUGCUGGCCCUGCUGAUAUUGGAGAAUAUUCAGUAGAAAUUGAAGGUCGCAGAUACCCAGCUAAACUGACUCUUGGUGAACGUGAAGUUGAACUUCUCAAGCCAUUAGAGGAUGUUACAGUUUACGAGAAAGAAACAGCAAACUUCGAUACAGAAAUAUCAGAAGAAGAUAUUCCUGGUGAAUGGAAGCUGAAAGGUGAAAUCCUGCGACCUUCACCUACAUGUGAAAUCAAAGCUGAAGGAGGAAAACGCUUCCUAACUUUGCACAAGGUCAAGCUAGAGCAAGCUGGUGAAGUCCUUUACCAAGCACUUAAUGCAGUUACUACAGCUAUCCUGACAGUGAAAGAAAUUGAACUGGACUUUGCUGUUCCCCUAAAAGAUGUCACUGUCCCUGAGAAACGCCAAGCAAGAUUUGAAUGUGUCCUUACCAGAGAAGCCAACGUUAUAUGGUCUAAAGGCACUGAUAUACUGAAGAUUGGAGAAAAGUUUGACAUCAUUGCAGAUGGAAAGAAACAUAUUCUUGUAAUCAAUGAUUCUCAGUUUGAUGAUGAAGGAGAAUACACUGCUGAAGUUGAAGGCAAGAAGAGCACUGCAAGACUGUUUGUUGAAGGUGUGAGGCUGAAGUUCAUCUCACCUCUACAGGAUCAAACAGUGAAAGAAGGAGAAACAGCUCACUUUCAGUUUGAGCUUUCUCAUGAAGACAUGCCAGUGAAAUGGUACAAAAAUGAUAAGAGACUCCAUACAAGCAGAACUGUUCUUAUUUCUUCAGAAGGAAAAGUUCAUAAACUAGAAAUGAGAGAAGUAACACUUGAUGAUAUCUCUGAAAUCAAAGCUGUAGUCAAGGACAUGAACACACAAGCAAACCUCAAAGUCUUAGAGGCUGAUCCAUACUUCACUGUGAGAUUGCAAGACUACAGUGCUCUGGAGAAAGAUGAUGUUACUCUGCAGUGUGAGCUUAGCAAAGAUGUCCCAGUAAAAUGGUACAAAGAUGGUGAAGAACUAGUUGCUUCAAGCAGAAUUUCCAUAAAAACAGAUGGCUUGCGCCGUAUCCUAACAAUCAAGAAGGCUGCGGAGGGUGACAAGGGUGUUUAUGAGUGUAGCUGUGAAACGGACAAGACAAAUUGUAACAUUGGCAUUGAGCCUCGCUUAAUUAAAGUGGAGCGCCCGCUGUAUGGAGUGGAAGUAUUUGUUGGUGAAACAGCACGUUUUGAAAUUGAGAUUUCUGAGCCUGAUGUCCACCCAAUAUGGAAACUGAAGGGAGAGACCCUAACGCCUUCACCUGAAUGUGAAAUCAUUGAAGAUGGGAAGAAGCAUAUUCUCAUCCUUCAUAACUGCAAACUAGAUAUGACUGGAGAAGUGUCUUUCCAAGCUGCUAAUGCUAAAAGUGCUGCCAAUCUGAAAGUGAAAGAAUUGCCUCUCAUCUUCAUUACUCCACUAAGUGAUGUGAAGGUCUUUGAGAAGGAUGAAGCCAAGUUUGAAUGUGAAGUGUCCAGAGAGCCCAAGACUUUCCGCUGGUUAAAAGGAACACAAGAAAUCACUUCUGAUGAAAGAUUUGAAAUAAUUUCGGAUGGGACAAAGCAUGCUCUGAUUAUUAAAUCUGUUGCAUUUGAUGAUGAGGCUAAAUAUAUGUUUGAAGCUGAAGAUAAAAGAACAAGUGCCAAGCUAAUUAUUGAAGGUAUUCGCCUGAAAUUCAUUACUCCUCUCAAGGAUGUAACAAAAAAGGAGCGAGAAACUGCAGUGUUCACAGUGGAACUCUCUCAUGAAAAUAUCCCCGUUAUCUGGUUCAAGAAUGACCAACGGUUACAUACCAGUAAAGUGGUUUCAAUGACAGAUGAUGGCAAAUUUCAUACACUCACAAUCAAAGAUCUUACUAUUGAUGAUACUUCUCAGAUUAGAGUGGAAGCUAUGGGCAAAUCCUCAGAAGCUAAACUCACUGUUCUGGAGGGAGACCCUUACUUCACUGGGAAGCUUCAGGAUUACACAGCUGUAGAGAAAGAUGAAGUGAUUUUACAGUGUGAAAUCAGCAAAGCAGAUGCCCCAGUGAAAUGGAUGAAGGAUGGCAAACCAAUUACUCCAUCAAAGAAUGUUGUUAUUAAGGCUGAUGGUAAAAAGAGAAUACUUAUACUGAAGAAAGCUUUGAAGAAAGACAUUGGACAGUAUACUUGUGAUUGUGGUACCGAUCAAACCUCUGCUAACCUCAAUAUUGAAGACAGAGAUAUUGAAAUCAUCCGUCCACUAUACAGUGUGGAGGUGAUUGAGACAGAGACUGCCCGUUUUGAUAUUGAAAUAUCUGAGGAAGGUGUCCAUGGCAAUUGGAAGCUAAAAGGAGAACCCCUGACUGAAUCACCUGACUGUGAAAUUAAGGAGGAAGGCAAAAAGCACUUUCUUACCUUGUACAAUGUACGUUUAGAUCAAGCUGGGGGAGUAGAUUUCCAAGCAGCAAAUGCCAAAUCUGGUGCUCACCUUCGAGUGAAACCUCGAGUAAUAGGCUUGCUGAGACCUCUCAAGGAUGUAACAGUGACAGCUGGGGAAUCUGCAACUUUUGAUUGUGAACUCUCUUACGAGGGAAUCCCAGUAGAGUGGUACCUGCAAGGAAAGAAACUGGAGCCCAGUGAUAAGGUUGUCACACGUGCUGAAGGGAGAGUUCACACACUUAUUCUUAGAGAUGUCAAGUUAACAGAUGCCGGAGAAGUGUCACUGACUGCAAAAGAUUUCAGAACUCAAGCAAAUCUUUUUGUGAAAGAACCCCCAGUUGAAUUUACUAAACCACUUGAGGAUCAGACUGUCGAAGAGGAGGCCACUGCAGUACUGGAAUGUGAAGUUUCCAGGGAAAAUGCAAAAGUGAAAUGGUUUAAAAAUGGAGAAGAAGUUCAUAAAACAAAGAAGUAUGAUAUCAUUUCUGAAGGCAGAGUCAGAAGACUCAUUAUCCAUGGCUGCACACUGGAUGAUGCAAAAACAUAUACCUGUGAUGCCAAAGAUUUUAAGACAUCAUGUUUUCUCAAUGUUGAACCUCUUCGUGUUGAGUUCCUGAGGCCACUAACUGAUCUUGAAGUUAAAGAAAAAGAGUCUGCUCGGUUUGAAUGUGAAAUUUCUCGGCCAGGUGUCAAGGUGAAGUGGUUCAAGGAUGGCAUUGAAAUUAGAAAAGGCAAGAAGUAUGAUAUAAUUUCCAAAGGGGCAGAACGUGUUCUUGUUAUUAGUAAAUGUCUCUUUGAUGAUGAAGCUGAAUAUGCCUGUGAAGCCAAAACAGCUAGAACUUCUGGCCUACUUACAGUGAUAGAGGAAGAAGCUGUUUUCACAAAACAUCUUCAUGAUCUUGAAGUAAAUGAAAAUGAGACUGUAAAGUUGAUCUGUGAAGUCUCAAAGCCUAAUGCUGAAGUUACUUGGUUUAAAGGAGAUGAGGAGGUGCCUGAUGGUGGUAGAUUUGAAUACAUUUCUGAUGGCCGAAAGAGAAUUCUUGUUAUACGUAAUGCUCAUCCUGAGGAUGCUGGCAAAUAUACUUGCAAACUACCAAGCUCUAGUACAACAGGAAAACUUACUGUACAUGAACUUGCUGCAGAAUUUCUUACCAGACCACAAAAUCUUGAAGUUCUUGAAGGAGACAAAGCUGAAUUUGCCUGUUCAGUAUCCAAAGAGGCAAUUACAGUACAAUGGCUGUGGGGUGACACAGUCCUGGAACCUGGUGAUAAGUACGACAUCAUUUCAGAUGGCAAAAAGAGAACACUUGUGGUUAAAGACUCCAUUAUAGGAGAUGCAGGAAAGUACACUGUCAAGGUUGGUGAAGCUAAAGCUACAGCACGCCUGACAGUGAUUGAAAAACUCAGGAUUGUAACUCCCCUUAAGGACCAAGAAGUUAAUGAGGGUCAAGAAAUUAUCUUCAACUGUGAAGUAAAUAAAGAGGGUGCCAAAGAGAAGUGGUACAAAAAUGGCGAGGCAAUAUUUGAUAGUGCAAAAUAUAUUAUUGUCCAGAAGGAUUUAGUUUAUACUCUCCGAAUCAGGGAUACACAGUUGAAAGAUCAAGCAACAUACAGUAUCUCACUGUCAAACCACAGGGGGGAACAUGCCGAGAGCUCUGCUGCCUUAACAGUAUUAGAGGAGGAUCUUAGAAUUGUUGAACCCCUUGAAGACAUUGAGACCAUGGAAAAGAAAACUGUCACAUUCUGGUGCAAAGUCAAUCGUCUUAAUGCAACUCUCAAAUGGACAAAGAAUGGUGAAGAGAUCACCUUUGACAAGCGUGUUCUGUAUAAAAUUGAUAAAUACAAACACUCACUCAUCAUUAAAGACUGUGGCUUUAAAGAUGAAGGUGAAUACACUGUAACUGCUGGACAAGACAAAUCUGUUGCAGAACUUCUCAUCACAGAAGCACCAGCAGAUUUCAUUGAACAUCUCCAGGACCAGACCGUCACUGAAUUUGAUGAUGCUAUCUUUACCUGCCAGCUUUCCAAGGAGAAAGCUAGUGUAAAAUGGUACAGAAAUGGCAGAGAAAUCAAAGAAGGCAAAAAAUAUCAGUUUGAAAAGGAUGGAAAUCUUCACAGAUUAAUCAUAAAAGACUGUAGACUAGAUGAUGAAUGUGAAUAUUCCUGUGGAGUGGAUGACAGAAAAUCUAGGGCAAGACUUUUUGUUGAAGAAAUCCCUGUGGAGAUUAUUCGACCACCACAAGAUGUUUAUGAAGCUCCUGGUGCAGAUGUCAUCUUCAUGGCUGAACUGAACAAAGAUGGUGUGGAAGUCAAGUGGCUGAGAAACAACAUGAUUAUCAUCCAAGGUGACAAACAUCAAAUGAUGAGUGAAGGAAAAGUCCAUAGGCUGCAGGUGUGCGAGAUAAAGCCUCGUGACCAAGGAGAAUACAGAUUUAUUGCUAAAGAUAAGGAAGCAAGAGCUAAACUUGAAUUAGCUGCUGCACCUAGAAUCAAGACUGGUGAUCAAAACCUGGUGGUUGAUGUUGGGAAGCCUUUAACUAUGACUGUUCCAUAUGAUGCCUACCCAAGAGCAGAAGCUGAAUGGUUGAAAGGGGAGGAAAGUCUACCAACAACAACUGUUGAUACAACAACUGACUGUACUACCUUCAAAAUUUAUGAAGCAAAGAAAUCAGAUAAAGGAAGGUACAAGGUUGUACUUCGAAACAAACAUGGACAGGCAGAAGCUUUCAUCAAUGUAAAGGUCAUUGAUGUUCCUGGGCCAGUUAGAAACUUGGAAGUCACUGAAACUUAUGAUGGUGAAGUUGGCCUUGCCUGGCAAGAACCAGAAAGUGAUGGUGGAAGUAAAAUCAUUGGCUAUGUUGUUGAAAGGCGUGAUAUCAAGCGUAAGACUUGGAUUGUGGCCACUGAUCAUGCUGAAAAUUGUGAAUACACUGUUACUGGACUUCAGAAAGGAGGAGUUGAGUACCUCUUCCGUGUAAGCGCACGGAACCGAGUGGGUACUGGUGAACCAGUAGAAACAGAGAGACCUGUGGAAGCUAAAAGCAAAUUUGAUGUUCCUGGUCCUCCUCAAAAUGUAGAAGUUACUGAUGUGAAUAGGUCUGGUGCUACGCUUACCUGGGAAGUUCCUGAGUAUGAUGGAGGAUCUCCAAUUACUGGCUAUGUUAUUGAACUGCGUAACAGAGGUUCCAUCAAAUGGGAGCCAACUAUGACCACUGGAGCUGAUGAACUGUCAGCUGUCCUGACUGAUGUUGUGGAAAAUGAAGAAUAUUUCUUCAGAGUUAGAGCUCAAAAUAUAGUUGGAGUUGGCAAACCAAGUCAUCCUACACGUGCAGUGAAGAUUAUGGACCCAAUUGAGAGACCAAGUCCUCCCAUUAACCUUGAUCAUUCAGAUCAAACAAAAACAUCAGUGCAGCUCACAUGGGAGCCUCCACUCGAAGAUGGAGGAAGUCCAAUCUUAGGAUAUAUUAUUGAAAGGAGAGAAGAAGGAACAGACAAAUGGAUCCGCUGUAACCCAAAACUAGUACCAGCGCUUACUUUUAAGGUAACUGGAUUGAAAGCAGGGUCUAGCUAUUACUACAGAGUCUCAGCAGAAAAUGCAGCUGGGGUGUCUGAUCCAGCUGAGGCUAUUGGACCAUUAACUGCAGACGAUCCUUCUGUUGGACCUACAAUGGACCUAAGUGCAUUUAAAGAUGGACUAGAAGUUAUUGUUCCAGAGCCAAUAAAGAUCCAUGUUCCUAUCACUGGCUACCCUAUUCCAACUGCCACAUGGUCUUUUGGUGAGCAAGUCUUAGAAGAAGGUGAUCGUGUAACAAUGAAGACCACUGCUGCCUUUGCAGAACUUGUAAUUACUCCAAGCGAACGUCCAGACAAGGGAAUUUAUACCUUAACAUUAGAAAACCCUGUAUCAUCUGUUUCAGGAGAAAUCAAUGUUAACGUCAUUGCUCGCCCAGGUGCUCCAAAAGAACUUAAAGUUGUAGACGUAAGCAGGAGUACAGUACAGCUGUCAUGGGAACCUCCAGAAGAUGAUGGUGGAAGUCCAGUUAUUGACUAUAUAAUUGAAAAACGUGAAGUAAGCCGGAAAACAUGGAUCAAGGUUAUGGAUCAUGUCGUGGACCAAGAGUUCUCUGUACCUGACCUCAUCCAAGGAAAAGAAUAUUUAUUUAGAGUUUCUGCACGCAAUAAGUGUGGCCCAGGAGAGCCUGCAUAUAUUGAUGAACCCAUAAAUAUGUCAGCACCAGCAACGGUGCCCGAUCCACCUGAGAAUGUUAAAUGGAGAAAUCCAACUUCAAAAGGAAUCUUCCUAACAUGGGAACCUCCCAAAUAUGAUGGUGGUGCUCGCAUCAAGGGCUAUCUGGUAGAAAAAUCACAACGUGGCACAGAUAAGUGGGAGAUAUGUGGGGAGCCUGUUAUUGAAACAAAAAUGGAAGUAACAAAACUUAAGGAAGGAGAGUGGUAUGCAUAUCGGGUUAAGGCUUUGAACAGAAUAGGAGCAAGCAAGCCAAGCAAGCCAACAGAUGAUAUUCAGGCCAUUGACGCGAAAGAGGCUCCAGAAAUUUUCUUAGAUGUGAAACUGCUCGCUGGACUCACUGUGAAAGCUGGAACUAAAAUUGAGCUGCCGGCCAAAAUAACUGGAAAGCCUGAGCCCCGAAUUACUUGGACCAAGGCCGAAAAAAUACUGAGACCUGAUGAUAGAAUCACUAUUGAAACGAAACCUGGUCAUUCUACAGUCACUAUUACAGACAGCAAGAGGAGUGACAGUGGAACCUACAUUAUAGAAGCUGUAAAUUCCAGUGGACGUGCUACAGCUGUUGUUGAAGUUAAUGUUCUCGAUAAACCUGGUCCACCAGCUGCAUUUGAUGUAUCAGAAAUCACUAAUGAAUCCUGCCUUCUGACAUGGAAUCCUCCCCGAGAUGAUGGAGGUUCUAAAAUUACUAACUAUGUCCUUGAGAAAAGAGCUACAGACAGUGAAAUAUGGCAUAAAUUGUCAUCAACUAUCAAGGACACUUCAUUCAGAGCUACCAAUUUAACUCCUCAUAAGGAAUAUGUGUUCCGAGUCAGUGCUGAGAACAUGUAUGGUAUUGGGGAGCCAGUACAGUGUAACCCCAUCAUUGCAAAAUAUUCCUUUGAACCACCAGGCCCUCCAACAGGUCUCAAGCCUAUAGAGGUUACCAAAGAUUCAGUGACCCUAACAUGGAAUGAACCAGAUGAAGAUGGUGGCAGCCCCAUUACUGGCUACUGGGUUGAGAGAUACGAUCCUGAGCAGGAUAAAUGGAUAAAAUGCAAUAAAAUGCCAGUGAAAGAUACAACAUUCAAAGUUAAAGGUCUUACAAAUAAGAAGAAAUACAAGUUCCGUGUCUUGGCAGAGAAUCUUGCAGGACCUGGAAAACCAAGCAAGGAAACAGAGCCAAUCUUAGUGAAAGACCCAAUUGAUCCACCAUGGCCCCCUGGAAAGCCAACAGUGAAAGAUGUUGGCAAAACAUCAUUAUUUCUGAACUGGACAAAGCCAGAACACGAUGGAGGGGCAAAGAUUGAGUCUUACGUCAUUGAACUGUUAAAGACUGGAACAGAUGAGUGGGUGAGAGUGGCUGAAGGAGUGCCCACAACUGAACACUUUCUCAAAGGACUUAUGGAGAAACAAGAAUAUUCAUUCCGUGUAAGAGCUGUGAACAAGGCUGGAGAGAGUGAGCCUAGUGAACCCAGUGACCCUGUGCUGUGCAAGGAGAGGCUGUUUCCUCCUUCUCCUCCUCGAUGGCUUGAGGUUAUUAAUAUUACUAAAAACACAGCAGAUCUUAAAUGGACAGUGCCAGAAAAAGAUGGGGGUUCCCCAAUUACCAACUACAUUGUUGAAAAGAGAGACGUAAGGAGAAAAGGCUGGCAGACUGUAGAUACAACAGUGAAAGAUACCAAGUACACAGUGAGCCCGCUGACUGAAGGCUCAUUGUAUGUCUUCCGUGUGGCUGCUGAAAAUGCCAUUGGGCAAAGUGACUACUGUGAAAUUGAAGAUUCAGUGCUUGCUAAAGAUACUUUCACAACCCCUGGGCCUCCAUAUGCUCUUACAGUAGUUGAAGUGACAAAAGGUCAUGUUGAUUUGAAAUGGGAACCACCUAAGAAUGAUGGAGGCAGACCAAUUCAAAGAUAUGUUAUUGAAAAGAAGGAAAAACUAGCCACCCGCUGGGUAAAAGCUGGCAAGACAGCUGGUCCAGAUUGCAAUUUCAGAGUGACUGAUGUCAUUGAAGGUAUAGAUGUACAGUUCCAGGUUCGUGCAGAAAAUGAAGCUGGCUGUGGUCAUCCCAGUGAACCAACUGAUCUCAUUCAUAUUGAAGAUCCAACAAGCCCUCCUUCACCUCCUCAGGAUUUACAUGUCACAGAUGCAGGUCGAAAUCAUAUUUGCAUUGCAUGGAAGCCACCAGAGAAGAAUGGUGGAAGUCCUAUUAUUGGGUACAAUGUUGAGUUGUGUGAAGCAGGAACAGAAAAAUGGAUGCGAAUCAAUUCUCGUCCAAUAAAAGAUCUAAAAUGCAAAGUGGAGGAAGGUGUUGUUCCAGACAAGGAAUAUGUGCUGAGAGUCAGAGCAGUCAAUGCUGUUGGAGCCAGUGAGCCAUCAGACAUCUCAGAAAAAGUUGUUACCAAGGACCCGGACUGUAAUCCAACCAUUGAUCUAAAAACUCGUGAUAUUGUUGUUGUUAAAGGACAGAAAUUAAGUAUCCCUGUACCCUUCAGAGCUGUUCCAUCCCCAACAAUCACAUGGCACAAAGAUGGCAAAGAGUUAAAAGCUGGUGACAGAACAACGAUGAAGAGUGACUACACUUCUGCAUUGCUUGAAGUCAUGGAGAGUGUUCAUGCUGAUGCUGGCAUUUAUACAAUUACACUGGAGAACAAACUGGCAUCAACAACUGGCUCUGUCAACGUCAAAGUCAUUGGUCCACCUGGACAGUGUAAAGACAUUAAGGCAAGCGAAAUAACUAAGAAUUCUUGUAAGGUAACCUGGGAACCUCCAGACUUUGAUGGUGGUACUCCUAUUCUGCAUUAUGUUCUGGAACGCAGAGAAGCUGGUCGUAGAACAUAUCUCCCAGUAAUGUCUGGUGAAAAUAAACUCUCAUGGCAUGUCAAAGAUCUUAUCCCAAACAGUGAAUAUUACUUCCGUGUUAAAGCUGUUAAUAAAAUUGGAGGAGGUGAAUAUCUUGAACUAAGAAACCCAAUUAUUGCAGAAGAUCCAAAACAGCCUCCAGAUCCUCCUGUUGACCUUGAGACCCAUAAUCCAACAUCGGAAUCAGUAACUCUUACAUGGAAACCACCACUGUUUGAUGGCGGAAGCAAGAUUAUGGGCUACAUAAUAGAAAAGCUUGCUAAGGGCAAGGAUGUAUGGGAAAGAUGCAAUGAAUAUCUGGUACCUCUAUUAACCUAUCCAGUGAAAGGUCUUGAGGAAGGGAAGGAAUACCAAUUUCGUGUUCGUGCUGAGAAUGCUGCUGGUAUUAGUGAGCCUUCUCGGAUUACUCCUUUUGUGAAAGCUGUGGAUCCCAUUGAGGCUCCCAAAGUCUUCCUUGCUGCAAACCUGCAGUCUGGUCUUGAGGUGAAGAAAGGUGAUGAGAUCAUACUUGAGGCACAUAUUUCAGGAUCACCUUAUCCAUCUAUUACUUGGCUGAGGAAUGAUGAAGUUAUCAGACCAGAGGAAAUCAAAAAGAGAGUAACCACAUAUACUAGGAAGAAGAAGGGUGUAACUGAAGAAGAGGAACCUUUUCAGCUUUCGCUGCCAGAACGUAUGAGUAUUGACAACCAUAAAAAAGGAGAGUCUGUGCUAUCAAUUCGUGACUCCAUCAGAGCUGACCAUGGCACAUUUACAAUUAAAGUGGAAAAUGAUCAUGGUGUUGCAAAAGCGUCCUGUGAAGUUAAUGUGUUAGAUACUCCUGGGCCUCCAGUCAACUUUGUAUUUGAAGACAUGAGGAAAAAUUCUGUCAUUUGCAAGUGGGAGCCUCCCCUUGAUGAUGGUGGAAGCGAAAUCCUGAACUAUGUACUGGAAAAGAAAGACAACACAAAAGCUGAAAUAGGCUGGGUUACUAUCAGCUCAACACUCAGGCACUGUCAAUUCCAUGUAACAAAACUGAUUGAAGAGAAAGAAUAUCUCUUCCGUGUAUUUGCUGAAAAUAGAGUUGGAGCAGGGCCACCAUGUGUUUCAAAACCAAUGACAGCAAAAGAUCCUUUCUCUCCACCAGAUCCACCUAACAAGCCUAAUGUGGAAGAUGUUACCAGCAACAGUAUGUUGGUUAAAUGGAAUGAACCGAAAGACAAUGGCAGCCCAAUCAUAGGAUAUUGGAUCGAAAAACGUGAAAUUAAUGGCACUCAUUGGGCUCGAGUCAACAGGAAUCUUGUGAAUGCUCUGGAACUAAAAGUUGAAGGACUAUUGGAAGGAUUAACCUAUAUCUUCAGAGUUUGUGCUGAAAAUGCAGCUGGUCCUGGUAAAUUCAGUCCACCAUCAGAUCCAAAAACUGCACAGGACCCAAUAAUGCCACCUGGUCCACCCAUUCCAAGGGUUGCUGAUACAACCUCAGUUUCUAUUGAGUUAGAAUGGGAACCUCCUAUGUAUAAUGGUGGUGGAGAUAUCACUGGUUACCAUGUAUACAAACAAUUAAUGGGAACAAAAGAAUGGUCUCGUUGCACAGAGAAACCCAUUAAGGUCCGGCAGUAUACUGUGAAAGAAGUCAGAGAAGGUGCAGACUAUAAACUUCGCGUUACUGCACUUAAUGCAGCUGGUGAAGGACCACCUGGUGAAACUGAACCUGUAACCGUUGCAGAACCCCAAGAGCCUCCUACUGUUGAGCUGGAUGUUUCUGUCAAAGCAGGCAUUCAGAUCAUGGCUGGGCAAACAAUUAAAAUUCCUGCUACUGUGACAGGGCGUCCUGCUCCCACCAUUGUAUGGACUGUGGAGGAAGGUGAAUUGGACAAAGAUAGAGUUGUUAUUGAAAAUGUUGGCACAAAAUCAGAAUUAACCAUUAAGAAUGCAUUGAGAAAAGACCAUGGAAGAUAUGUAAUUACUGCAACAAACAGUAGUGGUUCCAAAUCAGCGGGGACCAGAGUAGAAGUAUUUGAUGUUCCUGGACCAGUACUUGACCUAAAGCCAGUGGUCACAAACAGAAAGAUGUGCUUGCUUAACUGGUCUGAUCCUGAAGAUGAUGGAGGCAGUGAUAUCAUAGGCUUUAUUGUUGAACGGAAAGAUGCCAAAAUGCAUACAUGGAGACUAGCUAUCGACACAGAAAGAUCUAAAUGUGAUAUUACAGGUCUAGUUGAAGGGCAGGAAUAUAAAUUUCGUGUCAGUGCCAAGAACAAGUUUGGUACCGGUCCAGCUGUUGAAAUAGGACCAAUUCUUGCAGUUGAUCCAUUAGGUCCUCCAACAGCACCUGAGAGAUUCAUGUACACAGAGAGGACAAAGUCAACCAUUACACUUGAUUGGAAGCCUCCACGUAGUGACGGUGGUAGUCCUAUCUUAGGAUAUAUUGUCGAGAAGAGGAGGCAUGAUUCAAAAGACUAUGAAAGAGUGAACCCAAGGCUCUGUCCAACCACAUCUCUUCUCGUUGAAAAACUUGAUGAACUCCAUAUGUAUGAAUUCCGUGUCAAAGCUGUUAAUGAGAUUGGAGAGAGUGAACCGUCAUUGCCCCUCAAUGUAGUUAUACAGGAUGAUGAAGUACCUCCCACUGUAACAUUACGCUUAGCUGUGAGAGGAGAUACUAUCAAAGUGAAGGCAGGAGAGCCAGUUAAUAUUCCUGCUGAUGUGACUGGACUGCCAAUGCCAAAGAUUGAAUGGGACAAGAAUGAAGUUUUAAUUGACCAAACAUCCAGUGCACUUAAGAUAACAAAAGAAGAAGUAUCAAGAAGUGAGGCAAAAACUGAACUUACCCUGCCUGCAGCCACAAGAGAUGAUAAAGGCACUUACACUGUGAGAGCUACGAAUCGUCUUGGCACUGCGUUUCGCAAUGUGCAUGUUGAAGUGUAUGAUCGUCCUUCUCCACCAAGAAACCUUGCUGUUUCUGAUAUUAAAGCAGAAUCAUGCUAUUUAACAUGGGAUGCACCUCUUGAUAAUGGUGGUAGUGAAAUUACCCAUUACAUUAUUGAGAAACGUGAUGCUAGUAGGAAGAAGUCAGAGUGGGAAGAAGUCUCCAACAGUGCUGUAGACAGAAGAUAUGGGGUGUGGAAUCUUGCAACAAAUGAAAAAUACCAAUUUAGAGUCCGGGCUGUAAACAAAUAUGGAAUAAGUGAUGAAUGCCUCUCAGAAAAAGUUGUUAUUAAGGAUCCCUAUGGCCUUCCUGGACCUCCUGGAAAGCCCAAAAUUUUAGAUCACACUAGGUCAUCAAUGCUGGUGGCAUGGGAGCCUCCUUUGGACAAUGGUGGCAGCCCAAUAACUGGCUAUUGGUUGGAGAAGAGAGAGGUGGGAGGUGUCUACUGGUCACGAGUUAAUAGGGCUCCAGUAACGAAACCAUCAGUAAAGGGUUUACAGUACAAUGUGCUUCGCUUGGCUGAAGGUGUUGAAUAUCAGUUCAGAGUUAUGGCUGAAAAUCUUGCUGGAAUUGGCCCACCCAGUGAACCAUCAGAUCCUGCUUUAGCAGCAGAUCCCAUAUUUGUGCCUGGCCCACCAUCUUGUCCAGAGAUCAAAGACAAAACCAAAUCAUCUGUAUCUCUUGCGUGGAAGCCUCCACAAAAGGAUGGUGGUAGCCCAAUAAAAGGAUAUAUUGUUGAAAUGCAAGAUGAAGGUAGUACUGACUGGAAAAAGGUGAAUGAAGGAGACAAACUCUUUCCCACUUGCGAAUGUGUUAUUCCCAAUUUGAAAGAGCUCAGAAAAUACCGAUUCAGGGUGAAAGCUGUAAAUGCUGCUGGAGAAUCAGAACCAAGUCCUGCAACAUCUGACAUACCUAUCCAAGAUAUUUUAGAGGAACCAGAAAUCUUCCUUGAUAUUGGAGCACAGGAUUUUCUCUCUUGUCGUGCUGGCACAACAAUUAAAAUCCCAGCUGUUAUCAAAGGUCGUCCAGUUCCAAAAUCAUUUUGGGAAUUUGAAGGAAAAGCAAAGACAACAGCAAAGGAGGGAGGUCAUAAUGUACCUGAAGAAGCUCAGGUGGAAGCAACUGAUACACGUUCAGUGAUAAUCAUCCCUGAGUGCAACAGAAGUCAUUCGGGACGAUACAGUAUUACAGCAAAAAACAAAGCAGGACAAAAAACAGCUCAUAUCAGAGUCAAUGUUCUUGAUGUCCCAGGUCCACCAAAAGACCUAAAAGUAAGUGAUAUCACAAGAGGUAGUUGCAAACUUUCAUGGAAGAUGCCAGAUGAUGAUGGCGGAGAUAGAAUCAGAGGAUAUGUUAUUGAAAAAAGAACUAUUGAUGGGAAAGCCUGGACAAAAGUCAAUGCAAACUGUGGAAGCACUUCCUUUGUUGUGCCUGAUCUCAUAUGUGGUCAAGAGUAUUUCUUCCGGGUACGUGCAGAAAACCGUUUUGGUGUUGGCCCACCUGCAGAAACUAUCCAACGAACCACAGCCAGGGAUCCAAUCCAUCCUCCUGAUCCACCUAUUAAAUUGAAGAUUGGCCUUGUAACCAAGAACACAGUGAGCUUGACGUGGAAACCUCCAAAGAAUGAUGGUGGAGCUCCUGUUACUCAUUAUAAUGUUGAAUGUCUCCAUUGGGAUCGUACUGGAGAAGUGAAAGAGACUUGGAAACAGUGCAAUAGACGUGAUGUGGAGGAAACAAAGUUUACUGUUGAGGAUCUUAUAGAAGGUGGUGAAUAUGAAUUCAGAGUCAAGGCUGUAAACAUAGCAGGUCCUAGCAGGCCUUCAGCUACUGUUGGUCCACUUGUUGUCAAAGACCAAACGUGCCCACCAUCUAUUGAACUCAAAGAAUUUAUGGAGGUUGAAGAAGGAACAGAUGUUAACAUUGUGGCCAAGAUAAAGGGCAUACCCUUCCCAGCACUAACUUGGGAAAAAGCUUCUCCAAAGAAACCGGAUGACAAAAAGCCAGUGUCAUAUGACCAACAUGUCAACAAGAUUGUUGGUGAAGAUUCUUGCACUUUAUUGAUUCAGCAGUCUCGCAGAAGUGAUACAGGUUUAUAUACUAUAACAGCUGUAAAUAAUUUGGGAACUGCUUCAAAGGAGAUGAGACUAAAUGUUCUGGGCCGUCCUGGACCUCCAGUGGGCCCAAUUAAGUUUGAAUCCAUUUUGGCUGACAAAAUGACAAUAUCGUGGCUUCCUCCGUUAGAUGAUGGUGGUUCUAAGAUUACAAACUAUGUUAUUGAGAAAAAAGAAGCAAAUAGGAGAACGUGGGUACCAGUUACAAAUGAGCCCAAGGAAUGUUUAUUCACUAUUCCCAAGUUGAUGGAAGGCCACGAGUAUGUGUUCCGCAUUAUGGCACAAAAUAAAUAUGGUAUUGGAGAACCUUUGGACAGUGAACCAGAAACAGCAAGAAACCUUUUCACUGUUCCUGGACCAUGUGACAAACCAACAGUUAGCAGUAUAACACGUGACUCUAUGACUGUAAAUUGGGAAGAACCAGAACAUGAUGGUGGCUCUCCUAUUACUGGUUACUGGUUGGAGCGCAAAGAAACUACUGGAAAGAGAUGGACCAGGAUUAAUCGUGACCCAAUCAAACCUAUGGCACUCGGUGUUUCAUACAAAGUUACUGGUCUUAUUGAAGGUUCUGAAUAUCAAUUUCGUGUAUCGGCUAUUAAUGCAGCUGGUGUUGGACCACCAAGCAUGCCGUCUGAUCCAGCAAUUGCUAGAGACCCUAUUGCCCCACCUGGCCCUCCUAUUCCAAAAGUUACUGAUUGGACGAAAUCUUCUGUGGACUUGGAGUGGACUCCACCAUUAAAGGAUGGAGGCUCUAGGAUCACUGGGUACAUUGUUGAGUAUAAAGAGGAAGGAAAGGAAGAAUGGGAAAAGGUAAAGGAUAAAGAAAUCAGAGGAACCAAGUUUGUUGUGGCAGGAUUAAAAGAAGGGUGUUUUUAUAAAUUUAGAGUAAGGGCAGUGAAUGCUGCUGGCAUUGGAGAGCCUGGAGAAGUCACAGACAUUAUUGAAAUGAAGGACAGAAUUGUGGCUCCUGAUAUUAAUUUGGAUGCAAGUGUCAGGGACAGAAUUGUUGUUCAUGCUGGAGGAGUAAUUCGGAUCAUAGCAUAUGUAUCAGGAAAACCAGCUCCAACAGUGAGUUGGAGCAGAGAUGAUCGAGCUUUACCAGAAGAAGCUAAAAUUGAAGAAACAGCUAUAAGUUCUUCUUUAGUUAUCAAGAAUUGCAAACGGAGCCACCAGGGUAUAUACACUCUUCUUGCUAAAAAUGCAGGUGGUGAGCGGAAGAAGACCAUUAUUGUUGAUGUGCUAGAUGUGCCAGGCCCAGUUGGCAUGCCAUUCCUUACUGAGAACCUAACAAGUGACUCUUGUAAAUUGACAUGGUUUACUCCAGAAGAUGAUGGUGGUUCUCCUAUUACCAACUACAUAAUUGAAAAACGUGAAUCUGACCAUAGAGCCUGGACUCCAGUAAGCUAUACAGUUACAAGACAGAAUGCUGUUGUUCAGGGACUGACUGAAGGGAGUGCCUACUUUUUCCGAAUUGCAGCAGAGAAUAUUAUUGGCAUGGGUCCUUUCACAGAGACAACAAAAGAACUUGUCAUUAGAGAUCCAAUAACUGUUCCUGACCGUCCUGAAGACCUGGAGGUUAAAGCAGUUACGAAGAACUCUGUUACAUUAACUUGGAAUCCUCCAAAAUAUAAUGGAGGCUCAGAUAUCACCAUGUAUGUUCUGGAGAGUCGUCUCAUUGGAAAAGAAAAAUUCCACAGAGUUACUAAGGAGAAAAUGCUUGAUAGGAAAUACACUGUAGAAGGCUUGAAAGAGGGUGACACCUAUGAAUAUCGUGUGAGUGCUUGCAAUAUUGUGGGGCAAGGCAAGCCAUCGUUUUGCACAAAACCAAUCACAUGCAGGGAUGAAAUCGCUCCUCCAACACUUGACCUUGACUUCAGAGACAAACUUAUUGUUCGGGUUGGUGAAGCUUUCAGCCUAACUGGACGUUACUCAGGAAAGCCUACACCAAAGAUUACUUGGCUGAGGGAUGAUAUUGUUUUGAAAGAAGAUAACCGUACAAAGAUUAAGACAACUCCUACGACACUUUGUCUGGGGGUACUAAAAUCUGUCCGUGAAGAUUCAGGCAAAUACUGUGUUAUUGUAGAGAACAGCACAGGAUCAAGAAAAGGCUUUUGUCAAGUUACUGUUGUUGAUCGCCCGUCACCUCCAGUGGGUCCAGUUAUAUUUGAUGAAGUUCAUAAAGAUCAUAUGAUAGUUUCCUGGAAACCUCCACUUGAUGAUGGAGGCAGUGAAAUUACAAACUACAUUAUUGAGAAGAGGGAUACACACAGAGACCUGUGGAUGCCAGUUACAUCUGCUACAGUUAAGACAACAUGCAAAAUUCCUAAGCUGCUUGAAGGAAGAGAAUAUCAAGUUCGAAUUUAUGCUGAAAAUCUCUACGGCAUAAGUGAUCCUCUCAUCUCUGAUGAGAUGAAAGCCAAGGACCGUUUCAGUGUUCCUGAUGCACCUGAACAACCAGUUAUUAAGGAUGUUACAAAAGACUCUGCAGUAGUAGUUUGGAACAAACCAUAUGAUGGAGGCAAGCCAAUAACAAACUAUAUUGUGGAAAAGAAGGAAACAAUGGCUACUAGAUGGGUCAGAGUUACCAAAGACCCAAUUUUCCCAAGUACUCAGUUCAAAGUACCUGACCUCCUUGAAGGCUGCCAGUAUGAAUUCCGUGUUUCAGCAGAAAAUGAAAUUGGUGUUGGUAAUCCUAGUCCACCAUCAAAGCCAAUUUUUGCUAGAGAUCCAAUUGUAAAACCAAGUCCACCUGUUAAUCCGGAAGCAGUAGAUAAAACUAAGAAUUCUGUUGACUUGACUUGGCAACCACCACGCCAUGAUGGUAAUGGAAAGAUAAUUGGCUACCUUGUUGAAUAUCAGAAGGUUGGAGAUGAAGAAUGGAAAAAGGCCAAUCUUACACCAGAUUCUUGUCCUGAGACAAAAUAUAAAGUCACUGGACUUACUGAGGGUUUGACCUAUAAGUUCAGGGUCAUGGCAGUCAAUGCAGCAGGUGAAUCUGAACCAGCCUAUGUUCCUGAUCCAGUAGAAGUAAAGGACAGACUUGAACCUCCUGAGCUGAUACUUGAUGCUAAUAUGGCCCGGGAACAGCAUGUAAGAGCAGGAGAUACACUGAGACUUAGUGCUGUUAUUAAAGGUGUUCCGUUUCCAAAAGUUUCUUGGAAGAAAGAAGACAAGGAAGUCUCACCCAAAGCUGAUAUUGAGGUUACAGGUGUUGGCAGUAAGCUUGAAAUUCGUAACGCUGCCCAUGAAGAUGGUGGAAUUUACUCCCUGACAGUUGAAAAUCCAGCUGGUUCAAAGACUGUUUCAGUGAAAGUUCUUGUCUUAGAUAAGCCUGGUCCACCUAGAAAUCUGCAAGUCAGUGAUGUUAGAAGUGAUUCUUGCUACCUGACAUGGAAGGAACCAGAAGAUGAUGGUGGCUCUGUUAUUACCAACUAUGUGGUGGAAAGGAAAGAUGUAGCUUCUGCACAGUGGGUAUCUGUCUCAUCAACCUCCAAGAAACGCAGUCACAUGGCUAAAUAUCUCAUGGAAGGCACUCAGUAUCUUUUCCGAGUUGCAGCUGAGAAUCUGUUUGGUAGAGGACCAUAUGUGGAAACACUCAAGCCAAUUAAAGCUAUAGAUCCACUGCAUCCUCCUGGGCCACCGAAGAAUCUGCAUCACGUAGAUGUUGACAAGACUGAAGUUUCCCUUGUUUGGAAUAGACCAGAUCGUGAUGGCGGUGCUGAGAUAACUGGAUAUUUGGUAGAAUAUCAGGAAGAUGGUGCAGAUGAGUGGACAAAGUUCCAAACAGUCCCAAUGCUAGACUGUGUUGUUACAGGCCUACAAAAAGGAAAAAUAUACAAAUUCCGUGUGAAAGCUCAAAAUAUUGUGGGUCUCAGCCUUCCAGAUACAACGAUACCAAUAGAAUGUCAAGAAAAACUAGUACCUCCAUCUGUAGAACUAGAUGUGAAGUUAAUUGAAGGUCUUGUUGUUAAAGCUGGUACCACAGUGAGACUUCCUGCAAUUAUGAGAGGUGUGCCAGUUCCCACUGCAAAAUGGGUUACUGAUGACACUGAAAUUAAGACGGAAGGCAGACACAAGAUAGAGACUGACAAUUAUUCAACUGUACUUACCAUCAAAGACUGUGUAAGAAAAGAUACGGGAGAAUAUCUACUCACAGUAUCUAAUGCAGCUGGCCACAAAACUGUUGCUCUACAUCUUACAGUUUUGGAUGUUCCUGGCCCACCGACUGGUCCUAUUAAUAUUCUUGAAGUAACACCAGAACAUAUGGUUAUCUCUUGGCGCCCUCCUAAAGAUGAUGGUGGGAGUCCUAUAAUAAACUAUAUUGUUGAGAAGCGUCAAUCAAAGAAAGAGACUUGGGGAAUAGUUAGCUCUGGAACAAGUCACACAAAAAUUAAGAUUCCACGACUGCAGAAAGGCUGUGAAUAUAUUUUCCGUGUUCGAGCAGAAAAUAAGAUAGGCAUUGGUGCGCCUCUUGAUUCAGAACCAACAGUUGCUAAAUAUAUGUUUGAUCCACCAUCCCCACCUGGUAAACCAAUAGUGUUUGAUAUUACAGAAAAUGCUGCAACAGUAUCUUGGACCCUACCAAUGUCAGAUGGUGGAACUCCAAUAACUGGUUAUAUACUUGAGCGUCGAGAAGCAUCUGGUAAAUGGGUGCGUGUCAAUAAGACACCAAUACUUGAUAUGAAAUACAGAGUCACUGGUCUCUUUGAAGGCAACACAUAUGAAUUCAGAGUUUUUGCAGAAAACAUGGUGGGCUUAAGCAAGCCAUCUCCAAGCUCUGAUCCAAUAAAGGCGUCACGUCCUAUCACUCCUCCUGGACCACCCAUUAAUCCAAAAUUAAAAGAUAAAACCAGAGAAACAGCUGAUCUAGUUUGGACAAAACCCCUCAAAGAUGGUGGCAGCCCAAUUCUGGGAUAUAUUGUGGAAUGCCAGAAAACUGGAACUACACAGUGGAACAGGAUUAAUAAAGAUGAUCUCAUCAGACAAUGUGCCUUUAGAGUACCUGGGUUAAUAGAAGGAAAUGAAUAUAGAUUCCGAAUAAAAGCUGUCAACAUUGUAGGAGAGGGAGAGCCAAGAGAACUGGCAGAAACUGUACAUGCAAAGGAUAUUCUUUCUCCUCCAGAAGUAAGCUUAGAUGUGACUUGUCGAGACUUAAUUACUGUCCGAGUAGGCCAAACAAUCCAUAUUACUGGCAAAGUAAAAGGUAGGCCAGAUCCUGACAUAACGUGGUCUAAGGAUGGCAAAGUUUUGGUACAGGAAAAACGCAUUGAAAUAAUCCAUGAUCUACCUAAUGUUGGACUGCAAGUAAAAGAAGCCAAAAGAUCUGAUCAUGGCAAGUAUAUAAUAGCAGCUAAGAACAGCUGUGGACAUGCUCAAGGUUUUGCCAUUGUGAAUGUACUUGACAGACCUGGACCAUGUCAGAACCUGAAAAUAAGCUAUGUCACAAAAGAUUCUUGUAUGAUUGCUUGGGAGAGUCCAGUGGACAAUGGUGGCUCAGAAAUCACAAAUUAUAUUGUAGAGUACCGUCAACCAAAUCAGAGGGGGUGGUCAAUUGUGUCCUCUGAUGUCACUAAACGGUUAGUAAAGGCAAAUCUUAUAGAGAACCGUGAAUACUUCUUUAGAGUUUGUGCAGAAAACAAAAUAGGUCCAGGUCCUUGCAUUGAGACCAAAACUCCCAUCCUUGCCAUAAAUCCUAUUGACAAGCCUGGAGAGCCGGAAAAUCUUCACAUUGCGGAGAAAGGAAAAACAUUUGUAUUUCUGAAAUGGAGAAGACCAGAUUAUGAUGGUGGAAGCCCGAAUUUAAGUUAUCAUGUGGAGAGAAAACUGAAAGAUUCAGAUGAAUGGGAAAGGGUUCAUAAAGGCAGCAUUAAGGAAACACACUAUAUGGUUGAUAAAUGUAUUGAAAAUAAGAUUUACCAAUUCAGAGUUCAAACCAAGAAUGAGGCAGGUGAAAGUGACUGGGUAAAAACUGCUGAAGUUGUUGUGAAGGAAGAUCUGCAGAAACCAGUGCUGGACUUGAAGUUAAGCGGGGUACUAACAGUGAAAGCUGGUGACACAAUUAGAAUUGAGGCUGGAGUCAGAGGAAAACCACAGCCUGAAGUUGCAUGGACAAAAGACAAAGAUGCAACAGAUCUUACAAGGUCUCCAAGAGUCAGCAUUGAAACAACAUCUGACACAUCAAAGUUUGUUCUCACAAAAUCAAGGCGUAGUGAUGGUGGGAAAUAUGUGAUUACUGCGACUAACACAGCUGGUAGUUUUGUAGCAUAUGCUACUGUUAUUGUUUUGGAUAAACCAGGUCCUGUAAGAAACUUGAAAGUCACUGACAUUUCAAGUGACAGAUGUACUGUUACCUGGGAACCUCCAGAGGAUGAUGGCGGUUGUGAAAUACAAAACUACAUCCUAGAAAAGUGUGAAAGCAAGCGUAUGGUUUGGUCUACAUACUCUUCUUCUGUCCUAACUAACUAUGCAAAUGUAACACGCCUCAUUGAGGGUAAUGAAUAUAUAUUCAGAGUUCGUGCAGAGAAUAAAAUGGGCACUGGUCCACCAACAGAAACACACCCAAUUAUCGCAAAAACUAAAUUUGAUAGACCUGGACGCCCUGACCCUCCAGAGGUAACAAGAGUAAGCAAAGAAGAGAUGACUGUCGUUUGGAAUCCACCAGAAUACGAUGGUGGCAAGUCAAUUACAGGAUACAUCUUAGAGAAGAAAGAGAAACGAUCAUUAAGAUGGGUUCCAGUUACUAAGACUGCUAUUCCUGAGAGACGCAAGAAGGUUACUAAUCUCAUCCCUGGUCAUGAAUAUCAGUUCCGUGUCAGUGCUGAAAAUGAAGUUGGACUUGGAGAACCAAGCUUGCCAUCAAGACCAGUAGUAGCAAAAGACCCAAUAGAACCACCUGGUCCUCCCACCAACUUGAGGGUGGUUGAUAGUACAAAGAGUUCAAUAACCCUUGGCUGGGGAAAACCAGUGUACGACGGUGGUGCUCCAAUUAUUGGAUAUGUUGUGGAAAUUAGACCAAAAGUGGAAGGUGCUGAUCCUGAAGCAGGGUGGAAACGAUGCAAUGUUGCUGCUCAAGUUAUUCAUACAGAAUUUACGGCCACUAGUCUGGAUGAGAAACAAUUAUAUGAGUUCAGAGUUUCUGCCCAAAAUCAGGUUGGCCUUGGCCGGCCAGCAGAACUGAAAGAAGCUGUGUCUCCCAAAGAAAUACUUGAACCUCCUGAGAUUGAAUUGGACGCAAGCAUGAGAAAGUUAGUCACAGUAAGAGCAGGAUGUCCUAUCAGACUUUUUGCCAUUAUUAGAGGUCGCCCAGCACCAAAAGUCACCUGGAGGAGAAUGGGUAUUGAUAACGUCAUCAGAAAAGGACAAGUUGAUCUGGUUGACACUAUGGCCUUCUGUGUCAUCCCUGAUUCAACACGUGAUGACUCAGGCAAAUAUUCAUUGACACUCGUCAAUGUAGCUGGAGAAAAGGCUGUGUUUGUGAACGUUAGAGUUCUGGAUACUCCUGGACCUGUGUCGGACUUCAGAGCUUCAGAUGUCACCAAGAUGUCAUGCCAUCUCUCAUGGGCACCUCCAGAGAAUGAUGGCGGUAGCCCAGUGACUCAUUACAUCCUGCAGAAACGUGAGGCUGACAGGAAGACUUGGGGAACAGUCACUGCAGAACUAAAGAAAACUAGUUUCCAAAUAGCUAACCUUGUACCUGGAAAUGAAUAUUACUUCAGAGUAACAGCGGUAAAUGAAUAUGGAUCAGGUGUUCCAAGUGACAUACCAAAACCAGUCCUAGCAACAGAUCCCUUAAGUGAACCCGAUCCACCAAGAAAACUUGAAGUUACUGAAAUUACAAAGAACAGUGCUACUUUAGGCUGGCUGCCACCACUGCGUGAUGGAGGUUCAAAAGUUGAUGGGUAUAUUGUUAGCUACAAAGAAGAUGAACAACCAGAAGAUCGUUGGACAGAAUAUUCAAUAGUCAAAGACCUCUCUAUUGUUGUAGCUGGUCUGAAAGAAGGAAAAAAGUACAAAUUUAGAGUGGCAGCUCGAAAUGCUGUUGGAGUAAGUUUUCCAAGAGAAGCUGAAGGAGUAUUUGAAAUUAAAGAACAACUCAUCCCACCUAAGAUCCUGAUGCCUGAUCAUGUUCACAUUAAAGCUGGGAAGAAGCUGAGAAUUGAAGCUCAUGUAUAUGGGAAACCUCAGCCAGUUUGUAAAUGGAUGAAAGGAGAUGAAGAUGUAAUCACAUCCAGUCGCCUUGCUGUGCAUAAAGCAGAAAAGUCUUCUGUUCUUAUCAUUAAGGAUGUGACUAGGAAAGAUUCUGGUUUUUACACUCUUACUGCAGAAAACAGCUCUGGUACUGACAGUCAGAAAAUCAGAGUGAUAGUCAUGGAUAAGCCAGGUCCACCACAGCCUCCAUUUGACAUUUCUGAAAUAGAUGCUGAUGCUUGCACUCUUGCAUGGCAUAUACCUCUUGAAGAUGGUGGCAGUAACAUUACCAACUAUGUAGUUGAAAAAUGUGAUGUAAGCCGAGGAGACUGGGUAACAGCUUUAGCUUCCGUCACAAAGACAAGCUGCAGAAUUGGAAAACUGAUUCCUGGAGAAGAAUACAUGUUCCGUGUUCGUGCUGAAAAUCGUUUUGGGAUUUCUGAGCCACUUAAUUCUGACAAGAUGAUUGCAAGGUUCCCAUUUGAUGUACCCAGUGAACCAAAGAAUGCACGUAUUACCAAGGUUAAUAAGGACUGCAUUUUUGUUGCCUGGGAUAGACCAGAUAGUGAUGGAGGCAGUCCAAUCACUGGUUAUCUUAUUGAACGCAAAGAAAGGAACAGCUUGCUGUGGGUGAAAGCUAAUGAUACAGCUGUGCGUUCCACAGAGUACCCUUGUGUGGGGCUCAUUGAAGGUCUUGAGUAUGCUUUCAGAAUUUAUGCACUGAACAGAGCUGGAGCAAGUAAACCUAGUAAACCAACUGAGAUUGUCACGGCAAGGACACCAGUCGAUCCUCCUGGAAAACCUGAAGUUAUUGAUGUCACUAAGAGUACUGCAUCGCUGGUAUGGACAAGACCAAAGCAUGAUGGUGGUAGCAAGCUUAUUGGCUACUUUGUUGAAGCUUGCAAAUUACCUGGUGACAAAUGGGUCCGGUGCAAUACAACUCCACAUCAAAUACCUCUGGAAGAGUACACUGCUACUGAUCUGGAAGAAAAUGCUCAAUAUCAAUUUAGAGCAAUUGCUAAGACAGCGGUUAAUAUUAGCCGACCUUCAGAACCUUCUGAUCCAGUGACCAUUCACCCAGAAAAUGUUCCUCCCAGAAUAGAGUUGGAUCUAUCUAUGCAAUCACAGCUAACAGUAAAAGCUGGAACUAAUGUACGUCUGGAGGCCAAAGUAUAUGGAAAACCAAUGCCAACCAUCACUUGGAAAAAAGAAGGAGAACUUUUAAAGCCAUCAGAAGGUGUUAAGAUAACUACUAAGAGAAAUCUUGCUGUUGUUGAACUGUUCAGUGUUAACAGGAAGCAAACAGGAGACUAUACUAUAACUGCUGAAAAUCCAAGUGGAUCAAAGUCAGCAACUAUUAGGCUUAAAGUACUUGAUAAGCCUGGUCCUCCAGCCUCUGUAAAAAUCAAGCAUAUGUAUGCAGAUCAUGCAAUGCUUUCUUGGGAGCCUCCUCUAGAAGAUGGAGGUUCAGAAAUUACUAAUUACAUUGUUGACAAACGUGAAACAAGCAGACCAAACUGGGCCCAGGUCAGCGCCACUGUACCCAUUACAAGUUGCACAGUGGAGAAACUAAUAGAAGGGCAUGAGUACCAGUUCCGUAUAUGUGCUGAGAACAAAUAUGGUGUUGGAGACCCUAUAUUGACUGAACCAGCAGUUGCUAAGAAUCCAUAUGAUGUACCUGGACCUUGUGAUCCACCAGUAAUCAGUAAUGUAACGAAAGACUUCAUGACUGUUAGCUGGAAGCCACCAGCUAAUGAUGGUGGGUCCCCAAUAACUGGUUAUAUACUUGAGAAGCGUGAAACUAAAGCUCUUAACUGGACAAAGGUAAACAGGAAGCCUGUCAUUGAAAGAACUGUUAAGGCUUCAGGACUCCAAGAAGGAACAGAAUAUGAGUUCCGGGUGAUAGCAUUGAAUAAGGCUGGACCUGGCAAGCCUAGUGCACCAUCCAAAGCGGUGUAUGCUCGUGAUCCUCAAUAUCCUCCUGGCCCACCUGCUUUCCCGAAGGUGGUUGACACUACUCGUAAUUCAAUAAGCCUGUCAUGGAGCAAACCAGCAUAUGAUGGUGGAAGCCCUAUUAUUGGUUAUCUAGUAGAAUCAAAAAGAGCUGACACAGACAACUGGGUCAGAUGCAAUCUUCCCAAGAACUUACAGGCUACACACUUUGUGGUAACAGGGCUGAUGGAAGAUACAGAGUACCAGUUCCGCAUAUAUGCUGUCAAUAAGAUUGGAUACAGUGAUCCAAGUGAUGUCCCUGAAAAACACACUGCGAAAGAUAUUUUAAUUCCUCCUGAAGGAGAACUUGAUGCAGAACUAAGGAAAGUACUUGUAUUACGCGCUGGAGUCACAAUGAGACUUUAUGUGCCGGUAAGAGGACGACCACCUCCCAAGAUUACGUGGUCUAAAGUGGGUGCCAACUUAAGAGACAGACAAGGAUUAGAGAUCAAAUCAACUGAUUUUGAUACCUUCCUGCGCUGUGAAAAUGUAAACAAAUACGAUGCUGGAAGAUACGUCCUCAGUCUGGAGAAUAGUUGUGGUAAAAAGGCAUACACCAUUGUUGUGAAAGUACUUGAUACUCCAGGCCCUCCUGUUAACCUUGUUGUAAAGGAAGCAUCUAAAGAUUCUGCUUAUAUAACAUGGGAACCUCCACUAAUUGAUGGUGGCAGUCCAAUCACAAAUUAUGUUGUUGAAAAACGUGAUGCAGAAAGAAAGUCAUGGUCCACAGUAACAGCAGAAUGUCCAAAGACAAGCUACAGGAUAACUAACUUAGAAGAAGGCAAAUCCUACUUCUUCAGGGUUUUUGCUGAAAAUGAAUAUGGUAUCGGAGACCCCUGUGAAACUCGUGAUGCUGUUAAAGCUUCUGAAACACCCGGGCCAGUUGUGGAUCUAAAAGCUUCAGCUGUAACAAAAUCAUCUUGCAAUUUAGUAUGGAAAAAGCCUAUCAGUGAUGGUGGAAGCCGUAUUUUUGCCUAUGUUGUGGAGGUUCUCAUUGGUGAAGAUAAGUGGCAAGAAGUGAUGCGGUCAAAGAACCUUCAUUAUUCGAUGAGAGACCUAAAGGAAGGUCAAGAAUACACGUUCAGAGUUAGAGCCCAAAAUGAUGCUGGAUAUGGAACUCCAAGGGAGCUCACAAUUGUGGCAAGAGAUGAUGUUGUGGCACCUGAUCUUGAUUUAAGAGAUCUACCUGAUUUGUGCUAUGUAGCUAAAGAGGGUAGCAAUUUCCGUCUUAAAAUCCCUAUUAAAGGCAAGCCUUUCCCAACUGUAACUUGGAAGAAAGAUGAAGACAAGGCACUUACCGAGAGUGGAAGAGUUGCUUUUGAAUCUACGGCAGUAAACACAACGCUUUUAGUACGUGACUGCCAGAAAGCUGAUGCUGGAAAAUACACAAUCACUCUGAAGAAUGUUGCUGGCAGCAAGGAAGGCACCAUUUCUGUGAAAGUUGUUGGCAAACCUGGCAUACCAACAGGUCCAGUGAAAUUUGAUGAAGUCACAGCUGAUGCCAUGACCUUAAAAUGGGGUCCUCCAAAAGAUGAUGGUGGUUCAGAAAUCACUAACUACGUUAUAGAGAAAAGAGAUAAUAUAAGCAAUAAGUGGGUGACUUGUGCCUCUGCAGUCCAGAAAACUACAUUUAGAGUUACACGGCUUCAUGAAGGAAAUGAAUAUACGUUCAGGAUCAGGGCUGAAAAUAAAUAUGGAGUAGGUGAAGGUCUUAAAUCUGACCCUGUUGUUGCAAAACAUCCAUUUGAUGUGCCCGAUGCUCCUCCACCCCCCAACAUUGUUGAUGUUCGACAUGAUUCUGUAUCUUUAACUUGGACAGAUCCCAGAAGAACUGGAGGCUCACCAAUCACAGGUUAUCAUAUCGAAUUCAAAGAAAGAAAUAGUCUUUUGUGGAAGAGAGCCAAUACAAUUCCAAUCAGAAUGAAAGAUUUCAGAGUGACAGGAUUAACUGAAGGACUGGAGUAUGAGUUCAGAGUAAUGGCAAUCAAUAUAGCUGGAGUAGGUAAACCAAGUCCACCAUCUGAACCUGUUGUGGCACUUGACCCCAUUGAUCCUCCUGGGAAACCUGAAGUUAUCAAUGUAACAAGGAACUCAGUAACACUUAUUUGGACAGAACCAAAAUAUGAUGGUGGACAUAAGUUAACUGGCUAUAUUGUUGAAAAGCGUGAUUUGCCUUCGAAGACUUGGACUAAAGCUAAUCAUGUGAAUGUUCCAGACUGUGCAUUCACUGUAACUGACCUUACUGAAGGUUCCAAAUACGAAUUCAGAAUUAGAGCUAAGAACACUGCUGGGGCUAUCAGUCCUCCAUCUGAAUCCACAGGAACCAUAAUAUGCAAGGAUGAGUAUGAGGCACCAACAAUUGUUAUCGAACCUACUUUGAAGGAAGGUUUAACAGUGAAAGCAGGAGACACAAUUACUGUAUCUGCUAUUAGUAUCCGUGGUAAACCACCUCCAACUUCAGCAUGGUCAAAAGCUGGAAAAGAUUUUAGACCUUCAGAGCUUGUGCACAUUGAAACUACACCCACUUCUUCUACCCUAACCGUCAAAUAUGCAGCCAGAAAGGAUUCUGGAGAAUACACAAUCACUGCAACCAAUCCUUUUGGCACUAAACAAGAGAGUGUACAUGUGAAAGUUUUAGAUGUUCCAGGACCUCCAGGGCCUAUUGAGAUCAGCAAUGUUUCAGCAGAAAAAGCCACUCUGACAUGGUCACCUCCUGCAGAAGAUGGUGGAUCACCGAUCAAAUCAUAUAUUCUUGAAAAGAGAGAAACUAGCCGAUUGCUCUGGACAUUAGUGGCUGAAAAUAUCGAGACUUGUAGGCAUGUUGUUAGCAAACUCAUUCAAGGAAAUGAGUAUGUUUUCCGUGUCUCAGCAGUAAAUCAAUAUGGCAAGGGUGAACCAGUACAAUCAGAACCAGUUAAAAUGGUGGACAGAUUUGGUCCCCCUGGUCCUCCUGGAAAACCAGAAGUAACAAAUGUGACUAAAAAUACUGUGACAGUUACCUGGAAAAGGCCAGUAGAUGAUGGCGGAAGUGAAAUCACAGGUUACUAUGUGGAGCGGAGAGAAAAGAAAGGUUUAAGAUGGGUCAGAGCAACAAAGAAACCAGUUUCAGAUCUUAGAUGCAAAGUAACUGGUCUCCUGGAAGGAAGUGAAUACGAAUUCCGUGUCAGUGCAGAAAACAGAGCGGGAGUUGGACCACCAAGUGAUGCUUCAAACUCAGUCAUGUGCAAGGAUGUUGCAUACCCACCUGGUCCACCUGCAAAUCCAAGAGUGACUGAUACUACAAAGACAAGUGCAUCUUUAGCCUGGGGCAAGCCUCACUAUGAUGGUGGUCUUGACAUCAUUGGCUACAUAGUGGAGCAUCAAAAGGAAGGAGAAGAAGAAUGGGUAAAAGACACGACAGGGACUGCUUUAAGAAUCACUCAAUUUGUUGUUGCUCAUCUGCAGACAGGAGCCAAAUACAAUUUCAGAAUCUCUGCCAUGAAUGCUGUAGGUACUGGUGAACCAGCACUAAUUCCCAGUGUGGAAAUCAAAGAGCGGGAAGAAAUUCCUGACUUUGAAUUAGACGCUGAGCUAAGAAGAACACUUGUUGUCAGAGCUGGGUUAACUAUUCGGAUUUUUGUGCCUAUUAAAGGACGUCCAACUCCAGAAAUUACGUGGACAAAAGAUGAUGUUUCACUCAAAGGACGUGCUAGUAUUGAAAAUACAGACUCUUUUACACUCUUGAUUGUCACAGAGUGCACCAGAUAUGAUGCAGGAAAAUACGUAUUGACACUUGAAAAUGCUGCUGGUAAGAAGACUGGUUUUGUAAAUGUGAAAGUCUUGGAUACACCAGGUCCACCAAUAAACCUUAAACCUAGAGAAAUCACCAAGGACAGCAUCACCCUCCAAUGGGAUAUGCCUCUGAUAGAUGGUGGUUCCCGCAUAACAAACUAUAUUGUUGAGAAACGUGAAUCAACUCGUAAAGCAUAUUCAACAGUCACAACGAAGUGCCAGAAGUGUUCUUUCAGGAUUCCUAAUUUGUCUGAGGGAUGUGAAUACUAUUUCAGAGUGUUGGCUGAAAACGAGUUUGGUAUUGGCGAACCAGCUGAAACUGCAGAACCAGUAAGGGCUUCUGAGGCACCAUCUCCACCUGACAGCCUUAAUAUUAUGGAUGUAACACGAAACUCAGUUAGCCUGGCUUGGCCAAAACCAGAACAUGAUGGCGGCAGCAAGAUCACUGGAUAUGUAAUUGAAGCACAGAGAAAAGGAACAAACCAAUGGGCACACAUUACAACUGUAAAAACAUUGGAUUGUGUAGUGAAGAAUCUAACUGAAAAUGAAGAGUAUACUUUCCAGGUUAUGGCGGUUAACAGUGCUGGGAGAAGUGCCCCAAGAGAAAGCAGACCAGUUAUUAUCAAGGAACAAACAAUGCUUCCAGAGUUUGACCUUCGUAGUAUCUACCAGAAAACAGUCAUCGCCAAAGCUGGUGACAAUAUCAAGAUUGAAAUCCCUGUGCUUGGUCGUCCAAGGCCAACUGUGACUUGGAAGAAAGAAGACCAGAUACUUAAGCAAACACAAAGGGUAAAUUAUGAAAAUACUGCAACGGCAACCAUACUAAACAUCAAUGAAUGUACACGAAGUGAUAGUGGUCGAUAUCCGCUGUCAGCUAAAAAUAUUGUGGGAGAAGUUAGUGAAGUUAUUACAGUUCAAGUUCAUGAUAUACCUGGACCUCCUACAGGACCAAUCAAAUUUGAUGAAAUUUCUUCUGACUUCGUAAUGUUUUCAUGGCAGCCUCCUUUGAAUGAUGGAGGUGUACCAAUAAGUAAUUAUGUCGUAGAGAUGCGUCAAACUGACAGUACCACAUGGACUGAACUGGCAACCACAGUGAUACGUACUACUUUUAAAGCCACUCGUCUUAAUACUGGAGUUGAGUAUCAGUUCCGAGUCAAAGCUCAAAACAGGUAUGGAACUGGUCCAGCCAUUACUUCAGAAUCUGUAGUUGCCAACUAUCCAUUUAAGGUGCCUGGGCCACCUGGUACUCCUCAGGUGAUUGCAGUCACCAAAGAAACUAUGACCAUUAGCUGGAAUGAGCCAGUUACUGAUGGUGGAAGCCCAAUUCUGGGUUAUCACAUUGAAAGGAAAGAACGAAAUAGCAUUCUUUGGCAGACUGUAAGUAAAAUGCUGGUAUCAGGCAAUAUCUUUAAAUCAACUGGACUUAGUGAUGGCAUUGCAUAUGAAUUCCGUGUUAUAGCAGAAAAUCUGGCUGGCAAGAGUAGGCCAAGCAAGCCAUCUGAGCCUGUAUUUGCUUUAGACCCAAUAGAUCCCCCUGGUAAGCCAGUACCUCUGAACAUUACAAGACACGCAGUGACACUGAAGUGGACUAAACCGGAAUAUAAUGGAGGUUUUAAGAUAACUGGCUACACUGUUGAAAAAAGAGAUCUUCCUAAUGGCCGUUGGCUGAAGGCUAAUUUCAGCAACAUAUUAGAGACUGAAUUCACUGUCAGUGGUUUGACAGAAGAUGCUGCCUAUGAAUUCCGUGUGAUUGCUAGAAACGCUGGUGGGGCUGUGAGUCAGCCCUCUGAGCCAUCAGAUGCAAUAACUUGUAGAGAUGACAUUGAAGCACCAAGGAUAAGCGUGGAUGCUAAAUAUAAAGACACCUUAGUGCUGAAAGCGGGUGAAGUUUUCAGACUUGAGGCUGAUGUAUCAGGUCGCCCUCCACCAUCUAUGGUAUGGACAAAAGGAGAAAAAGAACUUCAAGACACAGCAAAACUAGAAAUAAAGACAGCAGACUUUUCUACUGUUCUUAUCAAUAAAGAUUCUUCAAGAAGAGACGGCGGUGCCUAUACACUUACUGCAACAAAUCCUGGUGGCUUUGCCAAGCAUAUCUUCAAUGUUAAGGUUCUUGAUAGACCUGGUCCUCCAGAAGGGCCAUUGGCUGUGUCCGAAGUCACUGCAGAAAAAUGUGUGCUGUCAUGGUUACCUCCUCUGGAUGAUGGAGGAGCAAAGAUUGACCACUAUGUGGUUGAAAAACGUGAAACCAGUAGAUUGGCAUGGACAGCUGUAGCCACUGAAGUUCCACUGACUAAACUGAAGGUUACUAAGCUGUUGAAGGGCAAUGAGUAUGUGUUCCGUGUUAUGGCUGUUAACAAAUACGGAGUUGGUGAGCCUCUUGAAUCAGAGCCAGUUCUUGCAGUAAAUCCAUAUGUGCCACCUGAUCCACCUAAAACACCUGAAGUUACAGCAAUAACAAAAGAUUCUAUGGUUGUCUGCUGGGGCCAUCCUGAUUCUGAUGGUGGGAGCCCAAUAACUAACUACAUUGUGGAACGUCGUGACAGAGCUGGUCUUCGGUGGGUAAAAUGUAACAAACGAGUUGUUACUGACUUACGUUACAAAGUGUCCGGACUGACAGAAGGUCAUGAAUAUGAAUACAGAGUCAUGGCUGAAAAUGCUGCUGGAGUUAGUGAACCAAGCCCAACUAGUCCAUUCUAUAAAGCUUGUGAUACUGUAUUUAAGCCUGGUCCCCCAGGUAAUCCUCGUGUUUUGGAUAGCAGCAAGUCCUCUAUUACAAUAGCAUGGAAUAAACCAAUAUACGAUGGUGGUUCAGAGAUCACAGGUUAUAUGGUUGAGAUCGCGCUACCUGAGGAAGAUGAGUGGAAGAUUGUAACUCCUCCAGUAGGACUAAAGGCCACUUCUUUUACUAUCACUGACCUAAAAGAAAACCAAGAGUAUAAAAUCCGGAUAUAUGCUAUGAAUUCUGAAGGUCUUGGGGAACCUGCUCUUGUUCCUGGGACUCCUAAAGCUGAAGAAAGACUGCUACCCCCAGAGAUUGAACUUGAUGCAGAACUUCGUAAAGUUGUAACUAUCAGAGCCUGCUGUACUCUAAGACUCUUUGUUCCAAUUAAAGGAAGACCAGCACCUGAGGUAAAAUGGACGAGAGAACAUGGGGAAUCUCUGGAUAGAGCAACCAUUGAAUCAACAAGCUCUUAUACUCUACUUAUUGUUGAAAAUGUAAACAGAUUUGAUAGUGGCAAAUACAUGUUGACAAUUGAAAACAGCUCAGGUAGUAAGUCAGCAUUUGUGAAUGUCAGAGUACUUGAUACUCCAGGGGCACCUCAAGAUUUGAAAAUAAAAGAAGUUACAAAGUCAUCAGUUACACUCACAUGGGAGCCUCCUCUCAUAGAUGGUGGCUCUAAAAUAAAAAAUUACAUUGUUGAAAAGCGUGAAUCAACAAGAAAAGCUUAUUCAACUGUUAAUGCCAAUUGCCACAAGACCAGCUGGAAAGUUGAUUCACUGCAAGAAGGCUGCAAUUACUACUUCAGAGUCCUAGCUGAAAAUGAAUAUGGAAUAGGCCUUCCAGUUGAAACUUCAGAAUCUGUGAAAGUAUCAGAAAGACCACUUCCACCAGGAAAGAUAACUUUGUUGGAUGUGACAAGAAAUAGCGUAUCCUUAUCUUGGGAAAAACCUGAGCAUGAUGGUGGUAGCAGAAUUCUGGGUUAUAUUGUAGAAAUGCAAAGCAAAGGCAGUGAAAAGUGGUCAACUUGUGCUACAGUAAAAGUUACUGAAGCCACUAUCACAGGAUUGAUCCAAGGUGAAGAAUACACUUUCCGUGUUUCAGCUCAGAAUGAAAAAGGUGUCAGUGAUCCUCGCCAGCUGGGUAUACCAGUUGUUGCAAAAGACCUUGUGAUUCCACCAGCUUUCAAACUACUGUUCACUACUUUCAGUGUUCUAGCAGGAGAGGACUUAAAGGUUGACGUUCCUUUUGUUGGUCGACCCAAACCAGCAGUCUUCUGGCAUAAAGAUAAUGUGGCAUUGAAGCAAACUACCAGAGUCAAUGCAGAAAGUUCAGAAAAUAACACAGUGUUAACGAUAAAAGAAGCAUGCAGAGAAGAUGUGGGAGCAUAUUUAGUUAAACUUACGAAUUCUGCAGGUGAAGCAACUGAGACCUUAAAUAUUGUUGUCCUUGAUAAACCAGGACCCCCAACUGGACCAGUCAAAGUAGAUGAAGUAACAGCAGAUAGUAUUACCAUUUCUUGGGAGCCACCCAAAUAUGAUGGUGGUAGCUCCAUUAAUAAUUAUAUUGUAGAAAAAAGAGACACUUCCACCACCAUUUGGCAGAUUGUGUCUGCUACUGUUGCAAGAACAACGAUAAAAGCGUGUAGAUUAAAGACUGGCUGUGAAUAUCAAUUCAGAAUCACAGCUGAAAACAGAUAUGGGAAGAGCACCUAUCUCACUUCAGAGCCAGUUGUAGCCCAAUACCCAUUUAAACUUCCUGGUCCACCUGGAACGCCUUUUGUAACGAGCACAUCAAAAGACAGCAUGGUGGUACAAUGGAAUGAACCAGUCAAUGAUGGUGGUAGCAAGAUCAUUGGGUAUCACUUGGAGCGCAAGGAGAGAAAUAGCAUCCUGUGGGCUAAGCUGAAUAGGACACCUAUUCCAGAUACCAAAUUUAAGACAACUGGCCUUGAGGAGGGUCUUGAAUAUGAGUUCAGAGUUUAUGCAGAAAACAUAGUAGGUAUUGGAAAAGCAAGUAGAGCAUCUGAAUGCUAUACUGCACAUGACCCAUGUGACCCUCCCGGACGUCCAGAACCUUUAAUUGUCACAAGAAGUUCAGUAACACUUCAGUGGAAGAAACCUAUAUAUGAUGGUGGAAGUAAGAUUACAGGUUAUGUUGUUGAAAAGAAAGAACUACCUGAUGGUCGCUGGAUGAAAGCAAGUUUUACAAAUGUAAUUGAUACCCAAUUUGAAGUAACUGGUCUGGUUGAAAACCAGAGAUAUGAGUUCCGUGUUAUAGCACGAAAUGCUGCAGGUGUUUUCAGUGAGCCGUCUGAGAGCUCGGGUGCCAUUACAGCAAGAGAUGAAGUAGAACCACCUCAUAUAACUAUGGAUCCAAAAUACAAAGACACAAUUGUAGUACAUGCUGGUGAAUCAUUCAAGUUGGAAGCCGAUGUUCAUGGCAAACCAAUACCUUCCAUUCAGUGGCUAAAAGGUGAUCAUGAGCUCACAAACACUGCUCGUAUGGAAAUUAAAAGUACGGAUUUUGCAACAAGUCUCAGUGUGAAGGAAGCUAUUAGAGUUGACAGUGGUCAGUAUGUGCUAUUUGCAAAAAAUGUUGCGGGCGAAAAGAAAGUUCCUGUUCAUGUCAAAGUUCUUGAUAGACCUGGACCACCAGAAGGACCUGUUGAGAUUACAGGUGUCACUGCUGAAAAAUGUAUGUUAUCAUGGAAACCUCCACUACAAGAUGGCGGUAGUGAUAUUUCACAUUAUGUUGUGGAAAAAAGGGAAACCAGUCGCCUGGUUUGGACUGUCGUUGAUUCAAAUGUGCAAACGCUCAGUUGCAAAGUAACUAAACUUUUAGAAGGAAAUGAAUACAUUUUCCGUAUCAUGGCAGUAAACAAAUAUGGCGUUGGUGAACCUCUUGAAUCUGAACCAGUACUUGCAAAGAACCCAUUUGUAGUGCCACUUCCACCAAAGGCUCCAGAAGUCACAGCCAUUACCAAGGAUUCUAUGAUAGUUGUUUGGGAAAGGCCAGCCUCGGAUGGAGGUAGUGAAAUCCUAGGCUAUGUCCUUGAAAAACGGGACAAGGAAGGUAUUCGCUGGACAAGAUGUAACAAACGCCUGAUAAGUGAACUGCGAUACAGAGUGACUGGGCUGAUCGAAAGUCAUAAUUAUGAGUACAGAGUUUCAGCUGAAAAUGCUGCUGGUCUCAGUGAACCAAGCCUACCUUCUACUUACUAUAAGGCAUGCGAUCCUAUUUAUAAGCCAGGACCACCCAACAAUCCUAAGGUUGUGGAUGUUACAAGAUCAUCAGUUUUCCUUUCAUGGAGUAAACCUAUCUAUGAUGGUGGCUCUGAAAUUCAGGGAUACAUUGUAGAAAAAUGUGAUGUAAGUGAUGGUGAAUGGGCAAUUUGUACCCCUCCAACUGGAAUUAAGAACACCCAUAUGGAAGUAGAAAAACUAGUGGAAAAACAUGAAUACAAAUUCCGUGUUUGUGCAGUUAAUAAAGCAGGAGUUGGAGAUCAUGCAGAUGUUCCUGGUUCUGUUAUUGUGGAAGAAAAGAUGGAGGCUCCAGACCUUGACCUUGACAUGGAAUUAAGGAAGAUUGUAAACGUGCGGGCAGGAGGUUCCUUGAGACUGUUUGUUCCCAUCAGAGGUCGUCCAACACCUGAAGUAAAAUGGGGUAAAGUGGAUGGUGAGAUCAGAGAGGCAGCCAUUAUUGACACCACUAGCAGCUUUACUUCCCUUGUUCUAGACAAUGUCAACAGAUUUGAUACUGGAAAAUAUACCCUGACUUUAGAAAACAGCAGUGGAACAAAGUCUGCCUUUGUCAGUGUAAGAGUACUGGAUACUCCAAGUGCACCUAUUAAUUUAAAAAUCAGAGAGAUCACUAAAGACUCUGUUUCACUUUCGUGGGAGCCUCCUCUCUUGGAUGGUGGAGCAAAAAUAAAGAAUUACAUUAUUGAAAAGCGUGAAGCAACAAGAAAGGCAUAUGCAGCUGUUGUAACAAACUGCCACAAGACUUCAUGGAAAGUAGAUCAACUUCAGGAGGGCUGCUAUUAUUUCUUUAGAAUCUCUGCUGAGAAUGAAUAUGGAAUUGGCCUCCCUGCAGAAACCAGUGACCCAAUUAAAGUUGCUGAAGUUCCUCAGCCUCCUGGGAAAAUAACAGUGGAUGAUGUCACAAGAAACAGUGUUUCACUAAGCUGGGCAAAACCUGAACAUGAUGGUGGCAGCAAAAUCAUACAAUAUAUUGUUGAAAUGCAAGCAAAGGGUAGUGAGAAGUGGUCAGAGUGUGCUCGUGUGAAAACACUUGAAGCAGUUAUUACUAACUUAACUCAAGGGGAAGAAUAUCUUUUUAGAGUAAUGGCUGUAAAUGAAAAGGGUAAGAGUGAUCCUAGAGCACUUGCGGUUCCAGUAGUUGCCAAAGACUUGGUGAUUGAACCUGAUGUAAGGCCCGCUUUUCACAGUUACAGUAUCCAAGUGGGACAAGAUCUGAAAGUAGAAGUACCAGUUUCAGGUCGACCUAAACCAACUGUUACCUGGGUAAAAGAUGGCCAGACACUAAGGCAGACAACAAGAGUCAAUGUCAGUGAUGUGCCAGAUCUCACUGUACUGAAUAUUAAAGAAACUAGCAAAGAGGACACUGGUACUUACGAAAUCACAGUGGCCAAUGUUGUUGGGCAGAAGACUGCCUCUAUUGAAAUUAUAACUCUAGACAAACCUGACCCUCCAGUUGGACCUGUGAAGUUUGAUGAAAUAAGUGCAGAAAGUGUUACCUUGUCAUGGAAUCCUCCAGCCUACACAGGUGGCUGUCAAAUCACCAACUAUGUUGUUCACAAGAGAGAUACAACAACCACUGUAUGGGAAACAGUUUCAGCUACUGUUGCAAGAACUGUACUAAAGGUGACUAAACUAAAAACUGGUUCAGAAUAUCAGUUCAGAAUAUUUGCGGAGAACAGGUAUGGGCAGAGCUUUGCAUUGGAAUCUGCACCAGUUGUAGCACAGUACCCAUACAAAGAACCUGGACCUCCUGGCACACCAUUUGUGACAAUAGUUACAAAAGACUCCAUGGUCGUACAAUGGCAUGAACCAAUAAAUGAUGGUGGCAGUAAGGUACUGGGCUACCAUCUUGAGAGAAAGGAGAAGAACAGCAUCUUAUGGACUAAAGUGAAUAAGACUAUUAUUCAGGACACAAGUUUUAAGACAACUAACCUCGAAGAAGGAAUUGAAUAUGAAUUUAGAGUUUCUGCAGAAAAUAUUGUUGGUAUAGGUAAAACAAGUAAAGUUUCUGAGUGCUACGUAGCUCGUGAUCCAUGUGAUCCUCCAGGUCGCCCAGAAGCUAUAAUAAUAAAAAGAAGCUCUAUUACUCUACAGUGGACCAAACCAGAAUAUGAUGGUGGAAGUAAAAUUACUGGGUAUAUUGUAGAGAAACGUGACUUACCAGAUGGUCGCUGGAUGAAAGCUAGUUUCACAAAUAUCAUUGAAACUCAGUUCACUGUAACAGGGCUUACCGAAGACCAAAGAUACGAAUUUAGAGUCAUUGCAAAGAAUGCUGCAGGUGCAAUAAGUAAACCUUCUGACAGUACAGGACCAAUAACAGCAAGGGAUGAAGUUGAACUUCCACGAAUUUCAAUGGAUCCAAAGUACAAAGAGACAAUUGUUGUAAAUGCUGGUGAUACAUUCAGACUUGAGGCUGAUGUUCAUGGAAAGCCACUACCAACCAUUAAGUGGUACAAAGGAGAUAAAGAGCUUGAGGAAACUGCUAGAUAUGAGAUAAAGAACACAGAUUUCAGUGCAUUAAUAAUUGUAAAAGAUGCUAUUAGAAUUGAUGGUGGGCAGUUUAUUUUAGAAGCCUCUAAUGUUGCCGGAACAAAGACAGUACCAGUAAACGUAAAAGUCCUGGAUAGACCAGGCCCUCCUGUGGGCCCUGUCCAAGUAACCGGAGUUACAGCUGAAAAAUGUUCAUUGGCAUGGUCUCCUCCUCUUCAUGAUGGUGGCAGUGAUAUUUCUCAUUAUAUUGUAGAGAAGAGAGAAACUAGUCGCCUAGCAUGGACUGUUGUUGCUUCAGAGGUUCUACCUACAAUGCUGAAAGUAACAAAACUUUUGGAAGGAAAUGAAUAUAUUUUCCGUAUUAUGGCAGUUAACAAAUACGGAGUUGGUGAACCACUGGAAUCUGUGCCUGUAAUGAUGAAAAAUCCAUUUGUGGUUCCUAGUCCACCAAAGGCCUUGGAAAUCACCAACAUCACAAAGGAUUCUAUGACUGUCUGCUGGAGCCGACCAGAUAGUGAUGGUGGUAGUGAAAUCAUAGGGUAUAUUGUAGAAAAGAGAGAUCGAGCAGGUAUCAGAUGGAUAAAAUGCAAUAAACGACGAAUUACAGAUCUGCGACUAAGAGUUACAGGAUUAACAGAGGAUCAUGAGUAUGAAUUCAGAGUUUCUGCUGAAAAUGCUGCUGGAUUGGGUGAGCCAAGCCAAGUUUCCCCUUACUUUAAAGCCUGUGACCCCAUGUUCAAGCCUGGCCCGCCUACAAAUGCCCAUGUUGUGGAUACCACUAAAAGUUCAGUUACACUUGGCUGGAGUAAACCUAUUUAUGAUGGUGGCUGUGAAAUCCAGGGAUAUCUUGUAGAAAUCUGCAAAGCAGAUGAAGAUGAAUGGUCACUUGUUACUCCACAGACAGGUAUACGUGCCACUCGAUUUGAAAUCAAAAAGCUUACUGAACAUCAGGAAUAUAAACUACGAGUUUGUGCUCUCAACAAGGUUGGUGUAGGAGAGGCUGCAUCAGUUCCUGGUACUAUUAAACCAGAAGACAAACUUGAAGCUCCAGAACUUGAUAUUGAUUCAGAGCUAAGGAAAGGGAUAGUGGUUAGAGCUGGUGGCUCUGCUAGGAUCCACAUACCAUUCAGGGGACGACCAGUACCUGACAUCACAUGGUCUCGAGAAGAAGGUGAAUUCACAGAAAAAGUUCAAAUUGAUAAAGGCGUAAACUACACACAACUCUCAAUUGACAACUGUGACAGAAAUGAUGCUGGAAAGUAUAUUCUUAAGUUGGAGAACAGCAGUGGUUCUAAAUCUGCUUUUGUUAUAGUAAAAGUCUUAGAUACGCCAGGACCACCACAAAACUUAAUAGUAAAGGAUAUAAAGAAGGAUUCUGCUGUACUAUCUUGGGAACCUCCAAUUACUGAUGGUGGUGCAAAGGUAAAGAACUACGUAAUAGACAAACGUGAGUCAACCAGGAAGGCAUUUGCAAAUGUAAGCGCAAAGUGUGGCAAGACAAGCUUUAAAGUUGAAAAUCUUACAGAAGGAGCAAUCUAUUACUUCAGAGUCAUGGCUGAGAAUGAAUUUGGAAUUGGUGUUCCAGCUGAAACAGCAGAUGCUGUGAAAGCCUCUGAGCCACCUCUGCCUCCUGGGAAAGUAACACUCACUGACGUUACUCAGAGAAGUGCAUCACUUACAUGGGAAAAACCAGAACAUGAUGGAGGUAGCAGAAUUUUGGGAUACAUUGUUGAAAUGCUGCCUAAAGGAACAGAAAAAUGGAGUGUUGUUAGUGAGUCCAAAACAUGCAGUGCAGUUGUUUCUGGUCUGAGUCCAGGCCAAGAAUAUCAAUUCCAUGUGAUUGCCUACAAUGAAAAAGGCAAAAGUGAUCCCAGAGCACUUGGAGUUCCUGUGAUAGCUAAAGACUUGACAAUUGAGCCAAGUUUUAAGUUGAUGUUUAAUACAUACAGUGUACAGGCUGGAGAAGAUUUGAAAGUAGAAGUACCAUUUAUAGGUAGACCAAAACCUACUAUUACUUGGACAAAAGAUGAACAGCCACUGAAACAAACAACCAGAUUAAAUAUUGAGAAUACAUCAACGUCAACUAUUCUACAUAUUAAAGAAAGCAACAAAGAGGACUUCGGUAAAUAUACAGUAACGGCAUCAAACACAGCAGGCACAGCAAGUGAGCAAUUGAGUAUAAUUGUACUGGAAAAACCUGGCCCACCACGAGGACCUGUGCGCUUUGAUGAAGUUAGUGCAGACUUUGUUGUUUUAUCAUGGGAUCCACCUGAUUAUACUGGUGGCUGUCAGAUAAGCAACUAUAUAGUAGAAAAGCGUGACACCAGCACUACCACAUGGAAUAUUGUGUCAGCAACUGUUGCAAGAACAACUAUCAAAGCAACAAAGCUUAAGACAGGUUCUGAAUACCAGUUCAGGAUUUCUGCUGAAAAUAGAUAUGGAAAGAGCUCUCCUUUGGACUCUAAGCCAGUUGUUGUGCAAUACCCCUACAAGGUGCCUGGGCCACCUGGAACCCCAUUUGUAACAGCAGCUUCCAAGGACCAUAUGAUUGUACAAUGGAAUGAACCAGUUAAUGACGGAGGAAGCAAAGUUCUUGGCUACCAUCUUGAACGUAAAGAUAAGAACAGCAUUCUUUGGAUAAAACAGAACAAGUCACUCAUUGCAGACACCACAUAUAAAACAGAUGGCCUUGAAGAAGGUCUUGAAUAUGAGUUCAGAGUUUCUGCUGAAAACAUUGUUGGCGUUGGCAAAGUCAGCAAAGUAUCAGAGUUAUAUGUUGCCCGAGAUCCAUGUGACCCACCUGGCCGCCCAGAGGCAAUUGUUGUUACAAGAAAUAACAUUACACUGAGGUGGAAGAAACCAGAAUAUGAUGGUGGAAGCAAAAUAACUGGAUAUAUUGUAGAAAAGAAAGAACUACCAGACGGUCGGUGGAUGAAAGCCAGCUUUACAAAUGUUUUAGAAACAGAGUUUACAGUAAGUGGUCUUGUCGAAGACCAACGAUAUGAAUUCAGAGUCAUUGCAAGAAAUGCAGCUGGUUGCUUGAGUGAACCAUCUGAAAGUACAGGGCCCAUUACAGCCAGAGAUGAAAUUGAAGCACCGGGAGCUUCUCUGGAUCCUAAAUACAGAGAUGUCAUUGUUGUUCAUGCUGGAGAAACCUUUAUUCUUGAGGCUGAUAUUCAUGGCAAACCUAUUCCUGACAUUACGUGGUCAAAAGAUGGUAAAGACCUUGAAGAAACAACUGCAAGAAUGGAAAUUAAAUCUACUAUUCAGAAAACAACUCUUACAGUCAAAGACUGUGUAAGAGUAGAUGGAGGUCACUAUACUCUUAACCUCAGAAACGUUGGUGGCACAAAAUCUAUACCUAUUACUGUAAAAGUGCUAGAUAGGCCAGGACCUCCAGAAGGACCUUUGAAGGUUACAGGUGUAACAGCAGAAAAAUGCUACUUGGCAUGGGCUCCGCCUUUACAUGAUGGUGGUUCCAGUAUCUCACAUUAUAUCAUUGAGAAGAGAGAGACAAGCAGGCUUUCAUGGACACAAGUAGCUACAGAUGUGCAGGCCCUUAGCCACAAAGUAACUAGACUCCUUGCUGGCAAUGAGUACAUUUUCCGUGUAAUGGCAGUGAACAAAUACGGAACAGGAGAACCCUUGGAAUCUGAGCCAGUUGUGGCUUGUAAUCCAUACAAACCCCCCGGUCCUCCUUCAACACCUGAAGUUUCAGCAAUCACAAAAGACUCAAUGGUUGUAACGUGGAGUCGUCCAGAAGACAAUGGGGGAGCUGAAAUUGAAGGAUACAUACUUGAAAAACGAGACAAAGAUGGUGUCCGGUGGACCAAAUGCAAUAAGAAACGGCUGACAGACUUGCGAUUCCGAGUAACAGGUCUUACUGAUGGGCAUUUCUAUGAAUUUAGAGUUUCUGCUGAAAAUGCUGCAGGUGUAGGGGAACCCAGUGAGCCGUCCAUUUUCUAUCGUGCUUGUGAUGUAUUAUAUCCACCAGGUCCACCAAGCAAUCCAAAGGUUACAGAUACUUCCAGGUCAUCAGUUUCUCUUGCCUGGGGUAAGCCCAUUUAUGAUGGUGGUGCUCCAGUUAAGGGAUAUGUAGUAGAAGCAAAAGAAGCAGCUGCUGAUGAAUGGACUACUUGCACCCCACCAACAGGGCUACAAGCAAAACAAUUCACUGUAACAAAACUUAAAGAGAACCAGGAGUACAACUUCCGCAUCUGUGCCAUCAACUCAGAAGGAGUAGGAGAACCUGCUACUAUACCUGGCACAGUUAUAGCAGCGGACAAGACUGAACCUCCUGAAAUUGAACUUGAUGCAGAUCUCAGAAAAGUAGUCAUUGUACGUGCCAGUGGUACCUUACGUCUGUUUGUCACUAUCAAAGGAAGACCAGAACCUGAAGUUAAAUGGGAGAAAGCAGAAGGAACAAUUAGUGAUCGAGCUCAGAUCGAAGUCACUAGUUCCUACACAAUGUUGGUAAUUGACAAUGUGAAUCGAUUUGAUAGUGGCAGAUACAAUCUAACUUUAGAGAACAACAGUGGCAAAAAAACAGCUUUUGUUAAUGUCAGAGUGCUUGAUACACCUAGUGCACCAGUGAACCUGACAGUCAGAGAAGUGAAAAAAGAUUUUGUAACAUUGGCGUGGGAACCACCACUUAUUGAUGGUGGAGCUAAAAUUACCAACUAUGUAGUUGAAAAGCGAGAAUCUACAAGAAAAGCAUAUGCCACAAUUACAAAUAACUGCACUAAGAAUUCCUUCAAAAUUACUCAGCUACAAGAAGGAUCUAGUUAUUAUUUCCGUGUUCUAGCUGUAAAUGAAUAUGGGGCUGGCUUACCAGCAGAAACACCUGAGCCAAUUAAGGCUUCAGAACCACCUUCUCCACCUGCAAAGGUCAUUCUUGUUGAUGUAACUCGCAACUCUGCUUCAAUUAAAUGGGAAAAGCCAGAGAGUGAUGGUGGCAGUAAAAUUACUGGUUAUAUAGUAGAAAUGCAAACUAAAGGAAGUGUAAAAUGGAGCGCAUGUACCCAAGUAAAAACAUUAGAAGCAACAAUAACAGGAUUAACUAUGGGAGAAGAAUACAGUUUCAGAGUGAUUGCUACUAAUGAAAAAGGGAAAAGUGAUCCAAGAGAACUUGGUGUCCCAGUCAUUGCAAAAGAUAUUGAAAUCCAGCCAUCUGCUGAGCUCCUUUUCAACACAUUCACUGUGAAAGCUGGAGAAGAUCUUAAGAUUGAUGUGCCAUUCAGAGGGCGACCUCUUCCAUCCAUUUGCUGGAAGAAGGAUGGGAAUCCCUUAAAAGAGACAACCAGAGUGAAUGUUCAGACAUCAAAGACUUCAACUUCACUAUCCAUCAAGGAAGCUUCACAUGAAGAUCUGGGACAUUAUGAGUUACAUCUUUCAAAUUCUGCUGGAUCAACAACUGCUUCUUUAACUGUAGUUGUUCUUGACAGACCAGGACCACCAACUGAUGUUCAUAUUGAUGAAGUUAGUGCUGAUAGUGUAACUUUGUCUUGGAAACCUCCAGAAUAUGAUGGUGGGUGCCAUAUUAGCAAUUACAUUGUGGAGAAACGAGACACUACCACAACAACCUGGGACAUAGUAUCUGCAGCAGUUGCAAGAACAUCAAUUAAAGUAUCACGACUUACUACCGGUUCUGAAUAUCAGUUCCGUAUUUGCGCAGAAAAUCGUUAUGGGAAGAGCACACAUGUUAAUUCUCCAUCUGUUGUGGCAGAGUAUCCAUUUAAGCCCCCAGGACCUCCUGGUACUCCUCAUGUGGCACAUGCAACUAAAGCUUUCAUGAUUGUAACUUGGCAGGUACCAGUUAACGAUGGAGGUAGCAGAGUACUAGGAUAUCACUUGGAACGUAAAGAAAGAAGCAGCAUUCUUUGGGCAAAAGUCAACAAAAGUCUUAUAACUGAUACACAGAUGAAAGUUACAGGUCUUGAUGAAGGUCUGAUGUAUGAAUAUCGUGUGUAUGCCGAAAACAUUGCAGGCAUAGGCAAAUGCAGUAAAUCAUGUGAACCAGUUGCUGCAAGAGAUCCGUGUGAUCCUCCUGGUCAACCAGAAGUUACUAAUAUUACAAGAACAUGUGUCUCACUGAAAUGGACUAAACCAGAAUAUGAUGGUGGAGCUAAAGUAACAGGAUAUAUUAUUGAGCGCAGAGAGAUGCCAGAUGGUCGCUGGUUAAAGUGUAAUUUCACAAAUGUGCAAGAAACAUACUUUGAUGUAGGUGGACUUACAGAAGACCAGCGUUACGAAUUCCGUGUGAUUGCAAAGAAUGCUGCUGGACUCUUCAGUCAGCCAUCUGAAUCAACCGGACCUGUGACUGUAAAAGAUGAUGUAGAAGCUCCAAGAAUUAUGAUGGAUGUCAAAUUCAGAGAUGUUGUAGUUGUGAAAGCUGGAGAAGUGUUUAAAGUCAAUGCUGAUAUUGCAGGGCGGCCAAUACCAGUAAUUUCAUGGACAAAAGAUGGCAAAGAACUUGAGGGAAAAGCUAGAGUUGAAAUAGCCUCAACAGACUACGCUACUGCAAUAACAGUUAAGGACUGCAUCCGAGGUGAUUCAGGACAGUAUGUACUAACAUUACAAAAUGUUGCAGGAACAAAAUCUUUGGCAAUUAAUUGCAAAGUACUUGACAGACCUGGCCCACCAGCAGGCCCACUAGAAAUAACUGGCCUUACCGCUGAAAAGUGUCAUUUAUCAUGGGGACCUCCUCAAGAGAAUGGAGGUGCAGAUAUUGAUUAUUAUGUUGUAGAAAAACGUGAGACCAGCAGAAUUGCAUGGACAAUUUGUGAAGGAGAGCUUAAGACAACAUCCUGUAAAGUGACAAAACUGCUGAAGGGUAAUGAGUAUAUUUUUAGAGUGAUGGGAGUUAACAAAUAUGGUGUUGGUGAGCCUCUAGAAAGUGUUGCUGUCAAAGCCUUAGACCCAUUUACGGUUCCAAGUCCACCUACUUCUUUGGAGAUCACCAGUGUAAGCAAAGAUUCAAUAACUUUGUGCUGGGCAAGACCUGAGUCUGAUGGAGGCAAUGAGAUCUCUGGCUACGUAAUUGAAAGACGUGAGAAAACUAGCCUAAGAUGGAUACGUGUAAACAAAAAGCCGGUAUAUGAUUUAAGAGUGAAAUCAUCUGGUCUCCGUGAAGGAUGUGAAUAUGAAUUCCGAGUUUAUGCAGAAAAUGCUGCUGGUCUCAGCCUUCCAAGCCAAAGCACACCAUUAAUUCGGGCAGAAGAUCCAAUCUUCUUGCCAUCUCCCCCAUCUAAACCAAAGAUUAUGGAUUCCACAAGGUCAAAUAUCACAAUAGGGUGGACAAAGCCACUGUUUGAUGGAGGUGCUCCAGUAACUGCAUACACAGUUGAAUACAAGAAAACUGAUGAAACUGACUGGACAACUGCUAUUCAGAACUUAAGAGGUACAGAGUACACCAUAAGUGGGUUAGUGUCCGGCUCUGAAUAUGUCUUCAGAGUGAAAUCCAUCAACAAAAUGGGUGUCAGUGAACCAAGUGACAGCUCAGAACCUCACUUGGCAAAAGAAAGAGAGGAAGAACCUGCUUUCGAUAUUGACAGUGAAAUGCGAAAGACACUAACUGUAAAGGCUGGUGAAUCAUUCACAAUGACAGUUCCUUUCAGAGGCAAACCAGUCCCAAAUGUAACAUGGAACAAACCAGAUACUGAUCUCCGUACACGAGCAAGCAUUGAUGUUUCAGAUAAUCGCACAUCUCUUACUAUUGAAAAGGCAACAAGAAAUGAUUCUGGAAAAUACACGUUAACGUUACAGAACGUCCUGAACACUGUUACCUUGACUUUAGUUGUCAAAGUUCUUGACACUCCUGGCCCGCCAUCUCAUGUAACAACAAAAGAUGUAACUAAAGAAUCUGCUGUGUUAUCUUGGGAUGUUCCUGAUAACGAUGGUGGGGCACCUGUGAAGAACUAUGUCAUUGAAAAACGAGAAGCUAGCAAGAAAGCAUGGGUCACUGUGACGAAUAAUUGUCAUCGCCUGUCAUAUAAAGUAACUGGUUUACAAGAAGGUGCCAUUUACUACUUCAGAGUUUCUGGAGAGAAUGAGUAUGGUGUUGGAGUGCCUUCUGAGACCAAGGAGGGAACUAAAAUAACAGAAAAACCCAGCCCACCAGAAAAACUUGGAGUGACAAACGUCACAAAGGACAGUGUUUCUCUAUCAUGGCUAAAACCAGAACAUGAUGGUGGAAGCAGAAUUGUGAGCUACCUCAUUGAGGCUCUUGAGAAAGGACAGCAGAAAUGGGUUAAGUGUGCAGUUGUAAAGACAACUCAUCAUGUUGUCCAUGGUCUUAAGGAGAAUGUUGACUAUUUCUUCAGAGUGUCUGCAGAAAACCAAGCAGGGUUAAGUGAUCCUAAGGAACUACUUCUUCCUGUUACAGUUAAAGAACAAUUAGAAUCUCCUGAGAUUGACAUGAAGGGCUUCCCUCACAACACUGUGUAUGUUCGGGCAGGUUCAAACCUGAAAGUUGAAAUUCCAGUUUCUGGAAAACCAUUGCCAAAGGUGACAUUGUCUAGAGAUGGCGCACCAAUCAAACCCACCUUGAGAUUUCACACAGAAACGACAGCAGAAAGUUUCAUUGUUAACCUUAAAGAAAGUGUGGCUGCUGAUGCUGGCAGAUAUGAUAUUACUGCUGCCAAUUCGAGUGGCACCACUAAGUCAUUUGUUAAUAUUGUUGUGCUGGAUAGACCAGGUCCUCCUAUUGGUCCUGUUGUCCUUAGUGAUAUCACUGAGGAGAGUGUAACACUCAGAUGGCAGCCACCAGCUUAUGAUGGUGGAAGUCAAGUUACCAACUAUAUUGUACUGAAAAGAGAAACAAGUACCGCUGCCUGGUCUGAGGUCUCUGCAACCGUUGCUAGAACUGUUAUUAAAGUCAUGAAACUCACAACAGGAGAAGAAUACCAAUUCCGCAUCAAAGCUGAGAACCGCUUUGGCAUCAGCGAUCACGUUGACUCACAAUGUGUAGUUGUCAAACUUCCUUACACUACCCCUGGUCCUCCUUCCACACCGUGGGUCACUAGCGUCACCCGAGAGAGUAUUACAGUCGGAUGGCACGAACCAGUCACUAAUGGUGGCAGCCCUGUCAUUGGAUACCACUUGGAAAUGAAGGACAGGAAUAGUAUAUUAUGGCAGAAGGCUAACAAGACCCUCAUUCGCACAACUCAUUUUAAAGUCACCACCAUCAGUGCCGGCCUUAUCUAUGAAUUUAGAGUUUAUGCUGAAAAUGCAGCUGGCAUUGGAAAAGCAAGUCAUCCUUCUGAUCCAGUCCUUGCAAUUGAUGCUUGUGAACCACCAAGAAAUGUUCGUGUCUCAGAUAUUUCCAAGACUGCUAUUACUUUGUCAUGGCAGAAGCCAGCAUUUGAUGGUGGUAGCAAGAUCACUGGAUACAUUGUAGAAAAACGUGAUCUACCAGAUGGCAGAUGGUCAAAAGCUAGUUUCACCAAUGUUAUUGAGACUCAGUUCACAGUAUCUGGUCUGACACAGAAUUCCCAGUAUGAAUUCCGAGUCUUUGCCAAGAAUGCUAUUGGUUCCAUUAGUAAUCCAUCAGACGUUGUGGGUCCUGUUACCUGUGUUGAUACAUAUGGUGCACCUGAAAUCGAUGUGCCACCAGAAUAUACAGAAGUAGUGAAAUACAAAGCAGGAACUUCUAUUAAGCUAAAACUAGGCAUUUCAGGAAAGCCUAUACCAACAAUUGAAUGGUUCAAAAAUGGCAAUGAGCUGCAAAGCAGUUCACUACUGUCUAUCGAGAACACAACAGAAUUUGCUUCUAUACUCAUCAAGGAUGCAACCCGACUUAACAGUGGCACCUAUGAACUAAAACUGAAGAAUGCCAUGGGAUCAGCCUCAGCCCAUGUGCGAUUACAGAUACUCGACAAACCUGGACCCCCAGCUGGACCAAUACAGUUUAAGACAGUCACUGCAGAAAAGAUCACAAUAAUGUGGGACCCUCCAGCAGAUGAUGGUGGUGCACCUGUAACACACUAUGUUGUUGAAAAGCGGGAGACAAGUCGUGUUGUAUGGUCUUUAGUUUCUGAGAAAGAGGAGGGGUGUAUUAUAACUACAACAAAAGUUGUCAAAGGAAAUGAAUAUGUGUUCCGUGUCCGUGGUGUGAACAAGUUUGGAGUUGGUGAUUCCUUGGAGUCUGAACCAGUUAUAGCCAAAAACUCAUUUGUUGCACCUGGACCACCUGGUGUACCAGAAGUCACAAUGAUAACCAAGAAUUCUAUGACUGUUGUCUGGAGUAGGCCCACUGUUGAUGGAGGUAGCGAAAUAUCAGGAUAUUUUCUUGAGAAGCGUGACAAGAAGAGUCUUAGCUGGUUCAAGGUUACUAAGGAAACCAUUCGUGACACCAGACAGAAAGUAACAGGUCUGACUGAAAACAGUGAAUAUCAUUUCCGAGUCUGUGCUGUCAAUGCGGCUGGACAAGGUCCAUUCUGUGAAGCAUCUGACUUCUACAAAGCUGUAGAUCCUGUUGAUAAGCCAGGCUCACCAACAAAAUUGAAGGUUGUGGAUACAACUAAGACAUCUGUCACCCUUGGCUGGAUUAAACCUACUUAUGAUGGAGGAAGCCCGAUUACCAGCUAUGUGGUUGAGAAAAGGGAAGGUGAAGAACAAGAAUGGACUAUAGUCAGCUCUAAGGGAGAAGUGAGAACAACUGAAUAUGUUGUAUCCCACCUUCAGCCAAGCGUUAAUUAUUAUUUCCGCGUCUCUGCUAUAAAUUGUGCUGGACAAGGAGAGCCUAUUGAAAUGACAGAGCCUGUUCAAGCUAAAGAUAUUCUCGUGGCACCAGAGAUUGAUCUGGAUGUUGCCCUCCGGACCUCUAUCAUUGCUAAAGCAGGUGAAGAUGUGGAAAUAAUGAUUCCAUUCAAAGGAAGACCUCCUCCAACUGUCACAUGGAGAAAGGGUGACAAAAAUCUCGGAACUGAUGAAAAAUAUAUCAUCCAGAAUACAGAAUCAUCAACAUUACUUUCUAUUCCUCAAGUUACCCGAGAUGACACAGGAAAAUAUGUUCUUACAAUUGAAAAUGGAGUUGGAGAACCCAAAUCAUCAUUUGUGAAUGUGAAGGUACUUGACACACCAUCUGCCUGCCAGAAGCUGCAGCUUAAGCAUGUUUCUCGUGGCACAGUUACACUGGUAUGGGAGCCACCUCUCAUUAAUGGUGGUUCUGAAAUAACAAAUUAUGUUGUUGAAAAAAGAGAUGCUACAAAGAGGGCCUGGUCAACUGUAACAACAAAGUGUUCUCAAACUACCUUUAAGCUAACUAACCUGUCAGAAAAGACUGCGUUCUUCUUCCGUGUUCUUGCUGAAAAUGAAAUUGGACUGGGUGAGCCCUGUGAGACAUCUGAACCAGUGAAAGCUGCAGACGUACCAGGACCUAUAAAAGACCUUGCCAUGAAAGAUUCUACAAAAACUUCUGUUAAAUUGCAUUGGAGCAAACCGGACUAUGAUGGUGGUAGCAUUAUAUCAGACUACAUUAUUGAAAAGAAAUUGCAGGAAGAAAAGGAAUGGACAUACGCAGGCACAAGCAAGAGCUGUGAAUAUGAAGUUGAAAGACUUAAAGAGCUGUCUGUCAUGGAAUUCAGAGUCUUUGCAAAAAAUGAAAAAGGCAUGAGUGAUGGUGUUACUGUUGGACCCAUUACAGUGAAAGAAUAUAUAAUAACACCAGAAGCUGACCUUUCUGACAUUCCUGGAGGUCAAAUCACUGUGCGAAUUGGGCAUAACCUUCACAUUGAACUGCCCUAUAAGGGUAAACCUAAGCCAUCAAUGAGCUGGCUGAAGGACAACCUCCCUCUUAAAGAAACUGAACAUCUUCGUUUCAAGAAAACUGAAAACAAGAUAAGCUUAAGUAUCAAGAAUGUGAAAAAGGAGCAUGGUGGCAAAUAUACUUUGAUUCUUGAUAAUGUUGUCUCCAGAAAAACAUUUACAAUCACUGUCAUCACUCUUGGUCCACCAUCUAAGCCAAAAGGACCCUUAAGACUAGAUGAAGUCAAAGCAGAUAGUGUAGUUUUGUCAUGGGAAGCUCCUGAAGAUGAUGGGGGAGGUGAAAUUACUGGCUACAGUAUUGAGAAAAGAGAAACUUCUCAAAUGAACUGGAAGCUGGUGUGCUCAAGUGCUGCUAGAACAACUUUCAAAGUACCAAACCUCGUUAAAGACACUGAAUAUCAGUUUAGAGUCCGUGCAGAAAACAGAUACGGAGUAAGCCCACCUCUUGUCUCAGCAGAUGUUGUGGCAAAGCAUCAAUUCAGAACACCAGGUGCACCAGGCAAGCCUGUUGUAUACAAUGUAACUGCUGAUGGAAUGACCAUAGCGUGGGAUGCUCCUGCUUAUGAUGGCGGUUCAGAAAUCAUUGGCUACCACGUUGAAAAGAAGGAGAGAAACAGUAUUUUGUGGCAGAAGGUUAAUGUUGCAUUAAUAUCUAGCAGGGAAUACAGGAUUACUGGGCUAGUUGAGGGUCUGGAUUACCAGUUCCAAGUGUAUGCAGAAAACACUGCCGGUCUAAGCCGAGCCAGCGAGCCAAGCAAGUUUACUUUGGCAGUCUCUCCAGUAGAUCCACCUGGUACUCCUGAUUACAUUGAUGUCACCAGAGAAACAGUCACUCUUAAAUGGACCCCCCCACUGCGUGAUGGAGGCAGUAAGAUUGUGGCCUACAGUAUUGAGAAGCGGCAAGGAAGUGAAGACCGGUGGCUGAGGUGUAACUUUACUGAUGUCAGUGAAUGCCAAUAUACAGUUACAGGACUUAGUCCAGGUGAUCGAUAUGAAUUCAGAGUGCUUGCAAGAAAUGCUGUUGGUACCAUCAGCCCACCUUCACAGUCUUCAGGCUAUAUCAUGACCAGAGAUGAAAAUGUUGCUCCAACAAUUGAAUUUGGCCCUGAGCACUUUGAAGGCCUAACUGUUAAAGCUGGAGAGAGCAUUAGACUUAAAGCUUUAAUUAAAGGACGUCCAGUACCUAAGGUGACAUGGUUUAAGGAUGGCAAGGAGAUUGAAAAAACAAUGAGUAUAGAAAUAACUACAGGUAUUGGAUAUAGCACAAUCUUCAUUAGAGAUGCUACCCGGGAUCAUCGUGGAGUGUACACAGUAGAAGCCAAAAAUGCAUCAGGCACUAAACGAGAAGAUAUUACCUUCAGAAUACAAGACACGCCAGGAAAAGUUGGUGGACCAAUACGAUUCACAAACAUCACUGGAGAAAAAGUGACAUUAUGGUGGGAGCCUCCUGCUAAUGAUGGUUGUGCUUCUAUUUCCCACUACAUCAUUGAAAAGCGUGAAACCAGCAGGAUUGCAUGGGCAUUAGUUGAUGACAAGUGUGAAGCUUGCAGCUACACUGCACUUAAAUUAAUUAAAGGCAAUGAGUACCAGUUCCGUGUCUCUGCAGUAAACAAAUUUGGAGUUGGCAGACCAUUGGAGUCUGAUCCAGUUGUAGCACAAAUACCUUACACUCUUCCUGAUGCCCCAGGAACACCAGAGCCCACUAACGUAACAGGAGACAGUAUCACUCUGACAUGGGCAAGACCAAAGUCAGAUGGUGGAAGUGAGAUAAAUGAAUAUAUUCUAGAAAGGAGAGAAAAGAAGAGCAUGCGCUGGGUUAAAGUGAUCAGUAAGAGGCCCAUUGCUGAGAACAGAUACAGAGUAACUGGCCUUAUUGAAGGCAACGAAUAUGAAUUCCAUGUCAUGGCUGAAAAUGCUGCAGGAGUUGGACCUCCAAGUGAUGUUUCAAAGCUAAUUAAAUGCAGAGAACCAGUUAGCCCACCUAGUGCACCUAAUGUCGUAAAGGUGACGGAUACAUCAAAGACUAGUGUAAGCUUAGAGUGGACCAAACCAGUUUUUGAUGGUGGUAUGGAAAUAAUUGGAUACAUUAUUGAGAUGUGCAAAGCUGAUCUAGAAACAUGGCAGAAAGUCAAUGCAGAGACUGUUCUUGCUACUAAAUAUACCGUGGUUGAUCUGGAGGCAGGAGAACACUAUAAAUUCAGAGUGAGUGCGGUCAAUGGUGCUGGCAAAGGAGAAAGCUGUGAAGUUCCUGCAUCAGUCCAAACUGUAGACAGGCUUUCUGCACCUGAAAUUGACAUUGAUGCAAACUUCAAGCAGACUCACAUUGUGAGAGCAGGUGCAAGUAUUCGCCUAUUUAUUGCCUUCUCUGGAAGACCUGUUCCUACUGCUGUGUGGUCCAAAGCAGAUGCAAAUCUGAGCUUGCGUGCUGACAUUCAAACCACUGACUCAUUUAGCACAUUGACUGUGGAGGAAUGCAAUAGAAACGAUGCUGGCAAAUAUGUCUUUACUGUGGAAAACAACAGUGGAAGUAAGUCAAUUACAUUUACUGUCAAGGUGUUGGACACUCCUGGUCCACCUGGUCCUAUUACAUUUAAGGAUGUGACCCGAGGAUCUAUUACUUUAAUGUGGGAUGCUCCUGUACUGGAUGGAGGUUCACGUAUUCAUCACUACAUUGUGGAAAAACGGGAAGCAAGCCGUCGUAGCUGGCAAGUGGUGAGUUCAAAAUGCACUCGACAAAUCUUUAAGGUCACUGAUCUGGCAGAAGGUGUUCCAUAUUACUACCGAGUGUCAGCAGAAAAUGAAUAUGGCGUAGGUGAACCUUGUGAGUUGACGGAACCAAUUGUAGCCACUGAAGAACCUGCACCACCUAAGAGAUUAGAUAUUGUUGAUACUACCAAAUCUUCUGUAGUUUUAGCUUGGCUUAAACCUGACCAUGAUGGUGGUAGUCGUGUUACUGGAUACCUUCUUGAAAUGAAACAGAAAGGCUCUGACAAAUGGAUUCCGGCUGGUCAAACCAAGCAACUUACUUUCACUGUUGAAGGCCUUGUGGAAAACACUGAAUAUGAGUUCCGGGUCAAGGCAAAGAACGAUGCUGGCUACAGUGAGCCAAGAGAAGCUUUCUCUUCUGUUAUUAUUAAAGAGCCACAGAUUGAACCAACAGCAGAUCUCAGUGAAAUAAGCAGACAACUCAUAACAUGCAAGGCUGGAAGCACUUUUACUAUUGAUAUACCAAUUAGUGGCCGCCCAGCUCCAAAAGUGACAUGGAAACUUGAGGAGAUGAGGCUGAAGGAAACUGAGAGAGUUACCAUCAAGACAACAAAAGACAGAACCACACUGACUGUAAAGGACAGUAUGAGAGGCGACUCUGGGAAAUACUACCUCACGCUUGAAAACACUGCUGGCGUGAAAACAUUCACUGUCACAGUGGUAGUCAUAGGACGGCCAGGUCCAGUCACUGGCCCAAUUGAAAUAUCAUCGGUCUCUGCUGAAUCCUGUGUGUUGACCUGGAAAGAACCUGAAGACGAUGGUGGCAGUGAUAUUACAAACUACAUUGUAGAGAAACGUGAAUCUGGCACAACAGCAUGGCAGCUGGUAAAUUCGAGUGUAAAACGUACACAGAUCAAAGUCACCCGUCUCACAAAAUACCAGGAGUACAGUUUUCGAGUAAGCUCAGAAAACAGAUUUGGAGUCAGCAAACCCCUUGAAUCAAAAACUGUAGUUGCUGAACAUCCAUUUGUCCCACCAAGCCCACCUUCAAGGCCAGAAGUCUAUUCCGUGUCUGCAAAUGCCAUGGCAAUUCGUUGGGAGGAACCCUAUCAUGAUGGUGGCAGCAAAGUCAUUGGAUACUGGGUUGAAAAGAAAGAGCGCAACACCAUCCUUUGGGUGAAGGAAAAUAAAGUGCCAUGCUGUGAAUGCAACUUCAAAAUCACUGGGCUGGUGGAAGGGCUAGAAUAUCAAUUCAGAACCUAUGCCCUAAAUGCUGCAGGUGUUAGCAAAGCUAGUGAAGCUUCCAGACCUGUAGUGGCUCAAAAUCCAGUUGAUCCACCGGGAAGGCCAGAAGUAACAGAUGUCACCAGAUCUACAGUGUCCCUGAGCUGGUCACCACCACUUUACGAUGGUGGAAGUAAAGUUAUUGGAUACAUCAUUGAACGGAAACCGUAUAAUGAAUCUGGCGAUGGACGCUGGCUGAAAUGCAAUUAUACCAUAGUCUCAGAAAACUUCUUUACAGUGACAGCUCUUGGUGAAGAUGAAGCAUAUGAAUUCCGUGUUCUAGCAAAGAAUGCAGCUGGUGUGAUUAGCAAAGGAUCUGAAUCAACCGGUGCUGUCAUUUGCAAAGAUGAAUACUCACCACCAAAGGCUGAACUCGAUGCCAGGUUGCAGGGAGAAGUUGUAACCAUUAGGGCUGGAUCUGAUCUUGUUCUUGAUGCGGCCAUUGGUGGGAAACCAGAACCAAAAGUCUUCUGGUCCAAAGGAGAUAAGGAAUUGGACCUAUGUGAAAAGAUAUCUCUGCAGUACACCAGCAAACGAGCCAUUGCAAUUAUCAAGUUCUGUGACAGAAGUGAUAGUGGAAAAUAUACUCUAACAGUGAAAAAUGCCAGUGGGACAAAGCAAAUUUCUGUUCUUGUCAAAGUGCUUGAUUCACCAGGUCCAUGCGCAGGAAAAAUCACAGUAAGCAGGAUAACUGAAGAGAAGUGCACCCUGGCGUGGAAUAUUCCUGAGGAGGAUGGAGGUGCACAAAUCACUCACUACAUUGUAGAAAGGCGCGAAACCAGCAGACUUCACUGGGUUAUUGUUGAGGCCGAAUGCCAGACAUUAUCAUGUGUGGUAACAAAACUUAUUAAAAAUAACGAGUACAUCUUCCGUGUCAGAGGUGUCAACAAAUAUGGGCCAGGUGUUCCACUUGAAACAGAACCUAUCAUUGCCAGGAAUGCUUUCACUAUCCCAACACAGCCUGGUACUCCUGAAGAAGUGAGUGUUGGCAAGGAACACAUCAUCAUUCAGUGGACAAAACCAGAAUCAGAUGGUGGCAGUGAGAUUAAGGAUUAUCUUGUAGACAAACGUGAAAGGAAAAGUCUGCGCUGGACACGAGUGAACAGAGAUUACACUAUUUAUGAUACCAGACUGAAAGUUACUGGUCUUAUGGAAGGUGGUCAGUACCAGUUCCGUGUCACAGCAGUGAAUGCUGCUGGAAACAGCGAGCCUAGCGAAGCUUCACAAUAUAUGUUAUGCAAGGAACCAUCAUAUACUCCUGCAGCACCUUCAGCUCCAAGAGUUGUGGACACUACUAUGCACAGCAUAAGUUUAGCGUGGUCAAAGCCCACAUAUGAUGGUGGUGCUGACAUCUUAGGCUACGUUCUUGAGAUGAAGGAAGAAGGUACUGAACAGUGGUACCGACCACAUACAACUCCCACUCUGAGGAAUGCUGAGUUCACCGUAACUGGUCUUAAAACAACCCAGAAAUACCAAUUUAGAGUUGCUGCUACCAAUGUGAAUGGUAUGAGUGAAUUUAGUGAAUCAUCAGCAGAAAUAGAACCUGUGGAAAGAAUAGAAAAACCUGAGCUUGAGCUUGCUGAUGACCUGAGGAAGACAGUAACAGUGAGAGCUGGUGGUUCCCUGCGUCUGAUGGUCUCUGUGUCGGGUAGACCUGCUCCUGUAAUCACAUGGAGCAAGCAGGGUAUUGACCUUGUAAGUCGAGGUAUUAUUGAUACUACAGACAGCUACACUCUACUUAUUGUGGAUAAAGUUAAUCGGUACGAUGCUGGAAAGUAUGUAAUUGAAGCUGAAAAUCAAUCAGGAAAAAAAUCAGCAACUAUUUCUGUGAAAGUGUAUGAUACACCCGGUCCACCAGCUGCAGUGAGAAUUAAGGAAGUAUCAAGAGAUUCUGCAACACUUACUUGGGACAUUCCAACCAUUGAUGGUGGAGCCCCUGUCAGCAAUUAUAUAAUUGAGAAACGUGAAGCUUCCAUGAGAGCUUACAAGACUGUCACUACCAAAUGCAGCAAGACAUUUUAUAGAGUUACUGGACUUCUGGAAGGAGCUUUGUAUUAUUUCAGAGUACUGCCAGAAAAUAUUUAUGGCAUUGGUGAAGCUUGUGAAACAUCUGACGCAGUAUUAGUAUCUGAUGUACCUAUGCCACCACAAAAACUGGAAGUGAUCGACACCACCAAAUCAACUGUUACUCUUGCUUGGGAGAAACCACCACAUGAUGGUGGCAGCAGAUUGACUGGCUAUGUUAUUGAGGCCAGCAAAGCUGGAACAGAAAGAUGGUUGAAGGUAGUGACAGUAAAGCCUACUGUCUAUGAACAUACGAUUAUCUCUCUCAAUGAAGGCGAACAGUACUUGUUCAGGGUCAGAGCACAGAAUCAGAAGGGUGUUUCAGAAGCACGAGAGAUUGUCACAGCAGUAACAGUACAGGACCAAAAAGUUCUGCCGACAAUUGACCUUGCCGGAAUACCUCAGAAGACAAUUCAUGUACCUGCUGGCAAGCCCAUCGAGUUAGCUAUUCCAAUUGGAGGACGGCCACCUCCAGCUGCAUCUUGGUUCUUGGCUGGUUCUAAACUAAAAGAAUCAGAACGCAUCAAAAUGGAGACUGCUGCCAAAAUGGCUAAACUGACAGUUCGUGAGACCACCAUUCAUGACACUGGAGAGUAUACACUUGAACUGAAGAACACAACUGGAACAGUUACUGAUACAAUAAAAGUUAUAAUCCUUGACAAACCUGGACCACCUGUUGGACCUAUCCGAAUUGAUGAAAUUGAUUCAAAUUAUGUAACCAUCUCCUGGGAGCCACCUGAGCUGGACGGUGGAGCUACACUUAGUGGCUAUGUGGUAGAGCAGCGUGACGCUCACCGUCCUGGAUGGCUGCCAGUUUCAGAGUCGGUAACCAGAACAACAUACAAGUUCACCAGGCUUGUUGAAGGUGCAGAAUACGUGUUCCGUGUGGCUGCUACAAACCGCUUUGGAAUUGGAUCUUACCUGCAGUCUGAGAUUAUAGAAUGCAAGAGCAGAAUUCGUAUCCCUGGCCCUCCUGGCACUCCAGAAGUGUUUGAUGUCUCUCGAGAUGGUAUGACAUUAACUUGGCAUCCUCCAGAUGAUGAUGGUGACUCUCAGAUUACUGGUUAUAUUGUGGAACGCAAAGAAGUUAGAGCAGAUAGAUGGAUUCGUGCAAACAAAGUUCCAGUCACUAUGACUCGUUACCGUUCCACUGGGUUGGUUGAAGGAUUAGAAUAUGAACACCGCAUCACAGCAAUCAAUGCAAGAGGUGCUGGGAAACCCAGUCGUCCUUCCAAGUCUGUUGUUGCCAGGGAUCCAAUUGCUCCUCCAGGGAAACCUCAGAAUCCAAGAGUCACUGACACUACAAGAACAUCUGUCUCUCUGGCUUGGAGUCCACCGGAAGAUGAAGGUGGCUCUAAAGUCACCGGCUACUUGAUUGAGAUGCAGAAGGUAGAUCAAUUUGAAUGGACCAAAUGCAAUACCACUCCCACCAAGAUUCGUGAAUACACUUUGACACAUCUACCACAAGGCGCAGAGUACAGAUUCCGCGUGCUAGCCUGUAAUGCUGGUGGGCCAGGAGAACCUGCUGAAGUGCCAGGAACGGUCAAAAUUACAGAAAUGCUUGAAUAUCCUGACUUUGAACUUGAUGAAAAAUACCAGGAAGGUCUCAUGGUGAGACAAGGUGGAGUUAUCAGGCUUACAAUACCCAUUAAGGGUAAGCCCAUUCCGGUAUGCAAAUGGACCAAAGAAGGACAUGACAUCAGCAAAAGGGCCAUGAUUGCAACCUCCGAAACUCACACAGAACUUGUGAUCAAAGAUGCAGAAAGAGAAGAUUCUGGCACCUACGAUCUGGCACUUGAAAACAAGUGUGGCAAAAAAGCUGUGUAUAUUAAAGUCAGAGUGAUUGGCAUUCCAAAUCCACCAGAAGGGCCUCUUGAGUAUGAUGAUAUACAAGCUCGUUCUGUCAGAGUAAGCUGGAGACCUCCUACAGAUGAUGGUGGUGCAGAUAUACUAGGUUAUGUUGUUGAGAGACGAGAAGUACCAAAGACUGCCUGGUACACUGUUGAUUCUAGAGUAAAAGGGACAUCUUUGGUGGUGAAAGGUCUAAAAGAAAAUGUGGAAUAUCACUUCCGUGUUUCUGCGGAAAAUCAUUUUGGCAUUAGCAAAUCUCUCAAAUCUGAAGAACCAGCUGUACCAAAGACACCGCUGAAUCCUCCGGAGCCUCCAAACAACCCACCUGAAGUGCUUGAUGUCACAAAGAGUUCAGUUAACUUGUCCUGGUCCAGACCUAAAGAUGAUGGUGGUUCUCGUGUAACUGGGUACUACAUUGAACGUAAGGAGACAUCUACAGAAAAAUGGGUCCGGCAUAACAAAACGCAGAUCACUACUACAAUGUACACAGUCACGGGACUUGUUCCAGAUGCUGAAUAUCAGUUCCGUGUUGUUGCUCAAAAUGAAAUUGGUGAAAGUGAAGCAAGUCCUGCUUCUGAACCAGUUGUAUGCAAGGAUCCAUUUGACAAACCAAGCCAACCUGGAGAAAUUGAGAUCACUUCAAUAUCGAAGGACAGCAUUACAAUGGAAUGGGAACGACCUGAAAGUGAUGGUGGCAAAGAGAUCCUUGGAUACUGGGUUGAAUAUCGACAGUCUGGAGAAAGCACCUGGAAAAAAUGCAAUAAAGAACUCAUCAAGGACAGACAGUUUACAGUAGGAGGUUUAUUGGAGGCCACAGAAUAUGAAUUCCGUGUUUUUGCAGAAAAUCAGACUGGCCUCAGCAGACCUCGAAGGACUGCUAUGGCAGUGAAAACUAAAUUAACAUCUGGAGAAGCACCUGCCAUAAGAAAAGAAAUGCAGGAUGUUACAACUAAACUGGGUGAAGCAGCUCAGCUGACAUGCCAGAUUGUUGGGAGACCUCUUCCUGAUAUUAAAUGGUACCGCUUUGGCAAAGAAUUGGUGCAGAGCCGAAAAUACAAAAUGUCAUCUGAUGGACGCAACCAUACACUGACAGUAUUAACAGAUGAACAAGAGGACGAAGGUCUCUACACUUGUAUGGCUACCAACGAUGUCGGAGAAAUUGAAACUAGUGGCAAGCUAUUGUUGCAGGCUCCUCCUCAGUUCCAUCCUGGCUUCCCAUUGAAAGAGAAAUACUAUGCUGGUGCUGGUGGCACUCUCCGCCUUCACGUUGUGUAUAUUGGCCGACCAGUACCAGCAAUAACUUGGUUCCAUAGCAACAAACCUCUGAGAGGAUCCGAAUCAGUUACUAUUGAGAACACAGAGCAGUAUACUCAUCUUGCAAUUAAGAACGUCCAGCACAAAACUCAUGCUGGGAAGUACAAAGUGCAACUCAGUAACACGUUUGGAACAGUUGACACCGUACUUAAUGUGGAAAUACAAGAUAAGCCAGAUAAACCAGAAGGGCCGAUCGUUAUAGAAUCUGUACUAAAGAACUCUGUGGUGAUUAGCUGGAAACCACCAGAGGACGAUGGAGGUGCUAUGAUAACAAAUUACGUCAUAGAGAAACGUGAAGCCAAGGAAGGAGCAGAAUGGGAACUUGUAUCUUCAAGCAUUUCAGGCACAACUUGUAGAAUUGUUAAUCUAACUGAAAACGUAGGCUAUUAUUUCCGUGUUUCUGCUCAGAAUACAUAUGGAAUUAGUGAAGCACUGGAAGUCUCAUCAGUUGUCAUUAUGAAGCCUCCAUUUGAAAAACCGGGACAACCUGGUCAGCCAGUUGCAAGUGCUAUCACAAAAGAUUCUUGUGUUGUCUCAUGGAAGCCACCUGCAAGUGAUGGAGGUGCAAAGAUCAGAACAUACUAUCUUGAGAAGCGUGAGAAGAAACAAAACAAGUGGAUUUCUGUAACAACAGAUGAAAUUCGUGAAACUGUAUUCUCUGUGAAAGACCUUAUUGAAGGCCUUGAAUACGAGUUCCGUGUAAAAUGUGAAAAUCUAGGUGGUGAAAGCGAGUGGAGUGAGGUAUCACAACCAGUCAUUCCAAAAUCUGAUGUACCAAUUCAAGCUCCGCAUUUCAAGGAAGAACUAAGAAACCUGAAUGUGAAAUUUCAAGCUAACGCCACAUUUGUCUGCAAAGUCACUGGUCAUCCUAAACCAGUCGUCAAAUGGUACAGGCAGGGCAAAGAAAUCAUGCCGGAUGGUGAAAAGAUCAAAAUACAGGAAUUCAAGGGUGGAUACCACCAGCUAAUCAUUACAAAUGUAACAGAUGAUGAUGCCACAGUAUAUCAAGUUAGAGCUACCAAUCAAGGAGGAUCAGUGUCUGGCACUGCCUCUUUGGAUGUUGAAGUUCCUGCAAAGAUUCACUUGCCCAAAAACCUGGAAGGUAUGGGAGCCGUUCAUGCCCUCCGAGGGGAAGUAGUGAGCAUCAAGAUCCCAUUCAGUGGCAAGCCUCCCCCUGUGAUCACAUGGCAGAAGGGACAGGAUCUCAUUGAUACUAAUGGACAUUACCAAGUCAUUGUUACAAGAUCAUUCACAUCUCUUGUUUUCCCAAAUGGUGUUGACAGAAAAGAUGCAGGUUUUUACAUUGUUUGUGCCAAAAACAGAUUUGGAAUUGAUCAAAAAACAGUUGAAUUAGAUGUGGCUGAUGUGCCUGAUCCACCAAGAGGUUUGAAAGUAACAGACAUUUCGAGGGAUUCAGUCAACUUAACCUGGAUUGAACCAGCCACUGAUGGUGGGAGCAGGAUCGUAAACUACAUUAUUGAGAAACGUGCUACAACAGCAGAGCGAUGGAUUCGUGUUGCACAAGCUCGUGAGACACGAUACACAGUAGUGAACCUAUUUGGCAAGACCACCUAUCAGUUCCGUGUAAUUGCAGAAAACAAGUUUGGCCAAAGCCAGCCUUCUGAACCUACUGAUCCAAUUAUAACAAAGGAAGAUAAGACUAGAGUAAUGAACUAUGAUGAAGAGGUUGAUGAAACCAGAGAAGUCACCACAGCUAAAGCUGCUCACUAUUCUACGAAGGAACUGUACGACAAAUACAUGAUUGCAGAAGAGCUUGGACGUGGGCAGUUUGGCAUUGCACACCGCUGUGUUGAGGCAGUUUCAAAGAAGACUUACCUGGCUAAGUUUGUCAAAGUAAAAGGUGCUGACCAAGUUUUGGUAAAGAAAGAAAUUUCUAUUCUAAACAUUGCUAGGCACCGAAAUAUCCUGUAUCUUCACGAAUCGUUUGAGAGCCUUGAAGAAUUGGUCAUGAUCUUUGAAUUCAUUUCGGGAGUCGAUAUCUUUGAAAGAAUCAGCACAGCUUCAUUUGAACUGAAUGAAAGAGAAAUAGUAAGUUAUGUACGCCAGGUCUGUGAUGCACUAGAAUUCUUACAUUGCCACAGCAUUGGACAUUUUGAUAUCAAACCAGACAAUAUUAUUUAUUUCACAAGAAGGAGCUCUGUAGUUAAAAUUGUCGAAUUUGGUCAAGCCAGACAACUGAAGCCUGGAGACAGCUUUAGACUCCAGUUCACUUCACCUGAAUAUUAUGCACCUGAAGUACAUCACCAUGAUCUGGUCAGCACAGCAACUGACAUGUGGUCAGUUGGUGCUCUAACCUACAUACUUCUCAGCGGCAUUAAUCCUUUCAUUGCUGAAACAAAUCAACAAGUUAUUGAAAAUAUUCUAAAUGCUGAAUACAAUUUUGAUGAUGAAGCAUUCAAAGACAUAAGCAUUGAGGCUAUGGACUUCAUCGAUCGCCUGUUAGUAAAGGAAAGAAAAGCUCGAAUGACAGCUGCUGAAGCACUUAAUCACACGUGGCUUAAACAGAAAACAGAGAAGACCAGCACUAAAACCAUCAAGACCUUAAGACACAGGCGUUACUACCACACUCUAGUAAAGAAGGAGUGGAACACAGUUGUGUCAGUAGCCCGUAUUUCCUGUGGAGGUGCAAUUAGAUCUCAGAAAGGUGUAACAGUGGCCAAAGUUAAAGUUGCUCCAAUAGACAUUGGUCCCAUUGCUGGGCAGAUAAACCAUGCUGCUGCAGAAGAAGGAGGGCAUGCCAAAUACGUGUGUAAGAUUGAAAACUAUGAUCAGUCCACACAGGUCACCUGGUACUUCGGUAUGAGGCAACUAGAAAACAAUGAGAAAUAUGAAAUCAAUUAUGAAGAAGGUGUGGCAACAAUGUAUGUCAAAGAUGUUUCUAAAUCAGACGAUGGAACCUACAGAUGCAAGGUUGUAAACGACUACGGUGAAGACAGCUCUUAUGCAGAACUUUUUGUUAAAGGUGUGAGAGAAAUGUCUGAGCACUACAGAUGUAGAGCUGUUAGGAAAGUGAAACGUCGGGUUGAUGCAAUGAGACUCUUAGAGCGUCCACCAGAAUUUACUUUGCCUUUGUAUAAUCGCACUGCAUAUGUUGGAGAAAAUGUCAGGUUUGGUGUAACUAUAACAGUCCACCCAGAACCUCGAUUGACGUGGUUCAAAUCGGGCCAGAGAAUCAAACCUGGUGAUGACGAUAAGUAUACUUUUGAAUCAGACAAAGGUCUUUACCAACUCAUCAUCAAUAAAGUCACUGAAGAGGACGAUGCUGAAUACAGUAUUAUAGCACGCAAUAAAUAUGGGGAAGACAGCUGCAAAGCUAAGCUGACUGUGAUUCCACAUCCACCUCCAGCAGAUACUACACUGAGGCCAAUGUUUAAAAGGCUGCUGGCCAAUGCUGAAUGCCAAGAAGGCCAAAAUGUCAGUUUUGAGAUCAGGGUAUCUGGUAUACCAAAGCCGACACUGACAUGGGAGAAAGAUGGUCAACCUCUAUCCUUUGGUCCUAACUUUGAUAUAAUUCAUGAAGGUUUAGAUUACUAUGCUUUGCAUAUCAGAGAUACUUUACCAGAAGACAGCGGUUAUUACAGAGUUACUGCUACAAACAGCGCUGGAUCUACAAGCUGCCAGGCUUAUCUAAAAGUCGAACGCCUGAAAUAUGUCAAGCGUGAGUACAAGACUGAAGAAGAGCGGGAGAAGCAUGUACAAAGGCAAAUUGACAAGACCUUAAGAAUGGCAGAGAUCCUUUCUGGGGUUGAAGCUGUUCCAUUGACACAAACUGCACAAGAGGCUCUCAGAGAAGCUGCUAUCUUAUACAAACCAGCUGUCAGCACUAAGACUGUCAAAGGUGAAUAUGAAAUCAAGAAAGAAGAAAAGAAGGAAGAAAGAAAACUUCGUAUGCCGUAUGAGAUUCCAGAGCCUCGCAAACAUGUGAGCACUACUCUUGAGGAAGAUCAGACCAUUAAACACUUUGUGCCUCUGUCAGAUAUGAAAUGGUACAAGAGGCUGCGAGACCAGUAUGAAAUGCCAGGAAAACUUGAGAGAACUGUUCAGAAACGCCAGAAACGCAUACGUCUUUCCAGGUGGGAGCAGUUCUACGUGAUGCCACUGCCACGCAUUUCUGAUCAGUAUAAGCCUAAAUGGCGCAUACCAAAGCUAACACAAGAUGAUCUUGAAACUGUGAGACCAGCACGUCGGCGUGCACCGUCUCCAGAUUACGAAUUUUACUACAGACCAAGGAGGCGGUCACUUGGUGAUUUAUCUGAUGAGGAAUUACUCCUGCCUAUUGAGGACUAUUUAGCCAUGAAGAGAACUGAAGAGGAAAGACUGCGCCUCGAAGAAGAGCUCGAGCUAGGCUUUUCUGCUUCCCCACCAAGUAGAAGCCCUCCACGCUUUGAGCUGUCUGCGCUUCGGUACUCGACUGCAGGAACACAGGUCCAGUCAGAGGAAGAAAGAAAGAGAGAGCUGAGGUAUUCCAGCUACCAUAUCCCAACUAAAGCUGACACAAGCGCAAGCUAUGCAGAGCUACGUCAGCGCUAUGACAGAGCUGCCUACAGACCCCCCAAACAAAAGCAAAGAAUAAUGGCUGAAAGAGAGGAUGAAGAAUUGCUCCGUCCUGUUGGCGCUACUCAAAAACUCUCUGAGUACAAGAGUGAGCUGGAAUAUAUGGCAGAAGAGGAAAAGAGCAGACUUAGGAGAAGGAGGGAAAGAGAAAUAACUGAGAUCACAUCAGAAGAAGAAGAAGAAAUAGAAAUGGUGCAACAUGUUCACAGGGAAUUUUCACCUCCUUCCAGAUUACUAAGGAGAAGAAGAUCCCUUUCUCCAACUUACAUUGAGUUGAUGCGCCCUGUAUCUGAAUUAAUUAGACCCCGUUCACGACCUCCCGAGGAAAGUGAAAGAAGAUCCCCAACACCAGAGAGAACUCGACCACGUUCACCUAGCCCGGUUUCUACUGAAAGAUCACUCUCUCGGUUUGAAAGGAUGGCAAGAUUUGACAUCUUUUCUCGAUAUGAGUCCAUGAAAUCUGCUUUGAAAACACAGAAAACUAUGGAAAGGAAAUACGAAGUCCUAACUCAACAGCCUUUCACCCUUGACCAUGCUCCUCGCAUCACCCUGAGAAUGCGCUCACACCGUGUGCCAUGUGGCCACAACACCAGGUUUAUUCUGAAUGUCCAGUCAAAGCCAACGGCUGAUGUGAAGUGGUACCACAAUGGUAUUGAGCUCCAGGAGAGCAGUAAGAUACACUUCUCGAAUACCAGCGGGGUAUUAACACUGGAAAUUCUCGACUGCCAUAUUGAUGACAGUGGAACAUACAGGGCUGUAUGCACAAACUACAAAGGAGAAUGUUCUGAUUAUGCAACCUUAGAUGUUACUGGAGGAGAUUACACUACAUACUCUUCCCAGCGGAGAGAUGAAGAAGUACCAAGGUCAAUUUUACCUGACCUGACAAGAACAGAGGCAUAUGCAGUCUCAUCAUUUAAGAAAGCAUCUGCUACAGAAGCAAGUUCCUCAGUAAGAGAGGUCAAAUCAGAAGUGUCAGCAACAAGAGAGUCACUUCUAUCAUAUGAACACCACGCUUCUUCUGAAGAAAAAAUCACUGCCUCAGAAGAGAAAUCACUGGAAGAAAGGACAGUACGUAAGGCAUUUAAGAGCACUCUGCCAGCAACAAUCCUUACAAAACCGCGGUCAAUCACAGUUUCCGAAGGCGAGACUGCAAGAUUUUCAUGUGACGUUGAUGGUGAACCAGCACCAACAAUAACAUGGGUCCGUGCGGGUCAACCUAUUGUUUCUUCCAGGCGCUUCCAAAUAACACGGACACAGUACAAAUCUACUUUUGAAAUUUCUUUGGUCCAGAUUUCAGAUGAAGGAAGUUACACUGUUGUGGUGGAAAACUCUGAAGGAAGACAGGAAGCGCACUUCACUUUGACCGUUCAAAGAAAAAGAAUCCCUGAAAAAGCAAUUACGUCACCUCCGAGAGUCAAAUCUCCUGAGCCUCGUGUAAAGUCUCCAGAGCCAGUUAAGUCUCCUAAACGAGUGAAAUCUCCCGAACCCAUCAGUGCCCACCCAAAAGCCAAGUCACCACCUGGAGACAAAACAGCACCAGUGGAGAAAUUACCAACUGCGUCUCCUCCAAAGAUAAAAGAGCUACUGAAAGCAGAAACCCUUGGAGAUAAGGUGAAGUUAUCCUGUGCAGUUGAAAGUAGUGCUUUAAGCGUCAGGGAAGUGGCUUGGUAUAAAGACGGCAAAAAACUGAAAGAAGACCGUCAUUUCAAGUUCCAUUAUGCAGCAGAUGGCACAUACGAGCUCAAAAUCCAUGACCUCACAGAAUCUGACAAAGGAGAAUAUACUUGUGAAAUUAUGGGAGAAGGAGGUAUUUCAAAAACUAGCUUCCAGUUUACCGGCCAAGUAUUUAAAAAUAUCCAUUCCCAGGUACGAAGUGUCUCUGAAACUCAUAAAUCAGCUGAGAAAGGAGAUGAUGUACUUACUGUUUCUACCCACAAGAAAUCAUCAGUGGCAGCUGAAGAAAAAGCAGCAAUUGAAGAAGUCAUUAAAAAGUCAAUUGUUACUGAAGAUGUCAAACAAUUGAAAGCAGAAGUUAGAGCUUCUUCGACUCAAAUGACCGUGUCUGAAGGGCAGAAAGUGACUUUGAAAGCCAACUUUCCUGGUGCCUCUGAGGUAAAAUGGGUGCUAAAUGGAAUGGAGCUAAGAAAUUCAGAUGAUUACAGAUACGGCAUUUCUGGAAGUGAUCACACACUAACUAUCAAGAAGGCUAGUAAUAAAGAUGAAGGUAUACUCACCUGCGAAGGUAAAACUGACGAAGGUGUUAUGAAAUGCCAGUACGUGCUUACCUUGUCCAAAGAGCGCUCAAACGAACCAGCAUUUAUCAUGCAGCCGAAGUCUCAAAAUGUCAAUGAAGGACAAGACGUGUUGUUCACCUGUGAAGUUUCUGGCGAUCCUUCUCCCGAAAUUGAAUGGCUUAGGAAUAAUCAACCUAUUGCUGUUUCAUCACAUAUGAGAGUGACUCGCUCUAAAAACACUUAUUCUCUUGAGAUUCGGAAUGCUGCAGUGAGUGACACUGGAAAAUACACAGUUAAGGCUAAAAAUUACCACGGGCAAUGCUCUGCUACAGCCUCUUUGACUGUAUUCCCUCUAAUUGAAGAACCUCCAAAGGAGGUAGUAUUGAAGACAAGUGGCGACGCAAGCAUGCACGAAAGUUUUUCUUCUCAAUCCUUUCAAAUGGCUGCUUCUAAACAAGAGGCUUCAUUCAGCAGUUUCAGCAGUAGCAGCAUGACUGAAACGAAAUUUGCAAGCAUGUCUGCCAAAAGCAUGUCCUCCAUGAAAGAAUCCUUUGUAGAGAUGAGCUCCAGCAGUAUUAUGGGGAAAUCUAGUAUGGCUCAACUGGAAAGUUCAACUAGUAAGAUGCUUAAAUCAGGUGUGAGAGGAGUACCACCAAAAAUUGAAGCUCUGCCAUCUGACAUCAGUAUUGAUGAAGGAAAAGUUCUCACAUUAUCUUGUGCUUUUUCGGGUGAACCUGCUCCUGAAAUAACGUGGUACUGCAGAGGGAGAAAAAUUACCAGUCAGGACCAGCAAGGCAGAUUCCACAUUGAAACUAGUGAAGAUCUAACCACCCUGAUCAUCAUGGAUGUCCAGAAGAAUGACGGUGGAAUUUACACUCUGAAUUUAGGAAAUGAAUUUGGUACCGAUUCUGCCACUGUGAAUAUUAAUAUUCGAUCAAUUUAGAAAGCUUGAUCUGUAUUAUUUACACUUGUCUUUUUACAAGUGAUUAAUAUAUGGACUGAUCUGUAAAUAUUAAAAAAAAAUAUUUUUGUACCUACCUGAAUGAGACAAAGUCCAGAGAUAUACGUUAUGACUUAUAGUCAUUAUUGACCUAAGAAUUUUAAACACUUUUUUCACUGACAUGUACAUACUGUAUAUAGCCGAAGUUAACGGUUAUGAAGUUUUGUACCAUUUGUUUUACGACAUUUUGAAAUGUAACUUUUGGAAUUAACAGUUGGUAGGAGAAAGUUUCCUGGCAAACGACUAUCCUGCUCAACAUUUAACUAAUUUUUGUGCCUCAACUCAUUGUUGAUGUUUAAGAAUGCCUCAACAGGUAGAGGGGCUCCCUGUUGAAGAUUACCUACCACCAAGAGAGGAUACUGUGCAUAGUAUUUCAUACAUGCACAAAUAAUUAUGUUGAAUCAGAAAUGUAAGGCACUAGUGAUAUUUACAUUUACCCUCCUGUAAGUAUUACUUUAAUGUUUUACAUUGGAUCUGAUUAUGUCAUAAUUUCCAUACCUGACUGACAAUUUCUGAACAAAGUGCAAGCGGCCAGCACUUUGUUCGCCCACUGUUUGGGUGCUGCUUCUGACACACUGACUGCCUGAAUGGCUUUAAAAAAGUAACAUCACCUGGCCAUCCCCAUAAUCAACAAAGCCAUUUAGGUACUCAAGUGCAGCAGCAGUACCAACUCUUGGAGGUUUGUAGGGUGCAGUGAUUGAGUUUGUGUAGUAGUAUUAGACACUUAGUAGUCACUUACAGGCAACUAAGCAGUGAACCACAGUUUGAAAACAAGCUGUUGUUAUAUCAGGUAUUGCCCUGCACUUCAAUUUGCUGUAGUUCUUCUAAUGUAGUAUUAAAUCUAAUUGUUAGAUGUUGAACCUCCUUGAGAUAGAAUUGUUCAUUUAAAAUAAAGCAUGCUUUCUGCACCUUAAA